AUGUCACUGGUUCCGAAAUCCCUAGUCGAAAAGCGGUCUACUGCCAACGGCGGCCUCGUCAAAAACAAUGUGCCUCCCUUCGGUCACAACACCCUUCCCGGAACUGUAUCCACUACCAACUCCACGUCCACUUUGUCCGGUUCCGCCGCUAAAAACCUCAAUAACACCAGCCUUUCUCAUCAUUCUUACCCUAGACAACCGGGCCAAGGAAACGGCUCGGUGCAUGGUGUGAUGAGUCUUCACAGGCUACAACGAUCAGGCCUCAUUCCCAACAUUCCAUCCAACAACAACCCGAACGGAGGGAAAAUGACACUUCCUCAGGUUGUGGCACAGGCGCCGAGUAACGUUGUUGGCAGUGGCGGAAACGUCAGUAGCAGUAACAAUAAUACACGAACUCUGCCUAUUUAUACCGCCGCAGUGAUACAAGAUACGAGCAGUGAAAAUAUGACUUCACCACAGACCCACAGAACUUCAGAACCUCAGAUUGCACACUAUGCCACGGUUCGACGUCAAGAUGCCGGGUCUGUCUGCAGCGGGGGCGCUGCCGGAAGUGUUAAUGUAGGAGGAGGAUUUGCAAAACAGUCCGGCCAAACGAACGCUUUUACGCUGAUUGCUUACCAGACCCAGGGAGCGCAAACAGGUAAGAAUCUGCUCUAAACGUCGUAAGCAGGCGCCCAUCUAACAACACUGCGUCUGACUAAAUUGCGCAGUACGAUGCGGGAAGAUGUUUGUGACACGUAGUCGCACUUGUAAAUACUGGCGCUUAGCGGACAGAGGGGCCAUACAGAAUCCGGCACAUGAUACAAUGGCCUAAUAUGAUUGUAGAAAAUACUGGUAGUCAAAAUCUACAUACCCUCUUCCGUCGUGAUUCGUUAACUGUACUACUAAGAUUAUACUUAUUUAUUCCGUAGCACCAGUCUUUAACAGUCGCACGUGAAGUUUUAUAAGGUCCAGGCGCGUUUUGUUUAUUCGAAAGGAGUGAUCGCAGAUUGCUUGCCCUAGGAUGUCCUGCUACUCCCUCAAGAGCUUGUAUUUAAGGCGUUUUUAUUUACUAAAUCGUCUGUCCAUGUUUAAACAGAGACUGGAUUCAGAAUGAAUCUGCGCCCGAGACCUGUGCAAAGCCUAUUACGCAGAGGAGAAGGCUUCGAAAAGAUCGUAAGUACGACUGGUCAACUGUGAACAAGGCGUAACAAAGAGAGCUAUAACAACUAGUGAACACCGCAAGUGGUGACGUUUACCGCUGACAUACGGCGUAGACUCAACAGCAAACGUUGUGUAUGAAUCAGUUUACAGGGGAGCACACUUGCGCGGUGUCUAUCAAACUCUCAACUUACUCACAUUGUACCUAUGGACGACCGGAGGUGAACGCGGGCAAAAUGACUGACAAAGUUGAACAGCCAGUCUACAUGUGCCACAGACGAUUUCCUCCCACUCCAGAUGCAGCAGGUCACAAUAGGGACGGAUCGAAGUUUGCAUAGAAGCCGCAUUACCAGGGGGCCAUUUCAGUCUGAGCCUCAGUUCUGAGGAGGACUGCGUUUCUCCUUGGUUGGCAACCUUUGAAGCCACGACUCUAAUUGCGUCGAACUGUUAUAGUAGGUAGCUGGCAGAUAUGCCUCGAAGAUGGACUUCCCAUUGUCCGUCUGCCGACUGCCUGAGGCUGGUGACCAGAUGAUGGUGAAAAUGGGUAUAAUUGUCUACGAGUGCCAAGCACUACUUGAUGGCGUUUCAUGUGGCCUAAGAGUCUUCGCAGGUUAUUUUCGCAUGUUCUGGUAUUUUUAGUGCGGGAAUGCUGCCCGGUGCGUUGAGGAGAGUAGUAGUGCUGGCGCAUGUUGUGUGAUAGGUUUGUGAGUAAAGUAAGUUGUGUGCAGGUCAAAAGAACCGUAGUGAUGUGGUCCGCAAAGUACUACCUUUCUGAUGGUUUUCGUGGAAUCGCAUAUGGAGAUAGGGCGUAUGCGAUGACCGAAUAUUCUAAGGUAGGUGUGUGGUUGGAGUGACGGUCGUACGUUGCCUGACUAUUUACGAUAAAUAUGCAAUUAAACGAUGUGUAAAUGAAGCGUUCGGUGGCAUUGUGUAAAGAAUGGAACUGUAUGUUAAACCCUUUUAUCCGCGGUGGAGGUAUUUCCGGUAAUAAAUAAGUUGCUUUAUGUGGACGGUGCAUUGGUCUUCCGAAAUUAAUGUAUGUCAGGCUGCCGAACAUGUGGAAUAACAUAAGGAGUAUAUUCACUAUCUGAAUGUCGUGCGACAGUGUGGGCAAUUGAAGCCUAUAUUGUCAAUAGGUGACAAGUCUCCAGAACCCUGCAUGCCAUUCACGGCGCAGUGGACUAUACAUGUGACGGAGCAAACCAAUGAGAUAUUUGAAGCUGUGGUUGAAGACGUGACAAAUGGGAGCCGAAUUAAAUUUCUAAUCAAAGGGGAAUGGCGGAGAUGUCGGAAAGGAUUCUAGGAGCAUCCAAAAUGACAAUGCUGUCAGUAGUAAGAUUUUGUGAGAUAAGGAACAGAUUGAUCGUGUUUACACUACACUAGACGUGAAUAUUACCUAUGGGGCCUAUUCGUGCCAAGAUUUCCCGCUAGUAUUGGUGACACGCUGACGUAGGUUUGCAGCUUUUGUCGCUACUUCGCGUCCUUCGAGUCUUCGAUCACUUUUUUUGAAUUGGUAUUUGGUAUUCGGUUGUCUUCAAGGGUAACCUUUAUGCCUUUGGCAGAUGGGCUCUGUACCUGGUGAUCUUCAGUGAAGACCCUCAAGUAUCCCAACCGACUUGAAGGUGCUUCUAGGGAUAGUUAGGGUUAUCUGACGAAAGAUUUGUUCAGUUUGUCUACGACCACUUUAGUGAUUUCAUCGUGGUAAAGUAGUGUGGGUUUAUCGUCCAUUAACGCAAGCGAUCGCACCAAGGCAUUUUUUUUUAUCUACGUCAGUGUAAUUUGAAUACGGGGGGACGUCCGUUAUUUCCGCAGUCUCGAUAUCCGGUAAGCUUUUCUGCCUCUUUGCCUUUGAGAUUCUCCAGAGGCAGCUCAAAUGAAACAUGAUUUCAUUUUUCGCAUGGCCUUCGAAGGCAGUGCGUCCAGUGCAGGAGCGUUGUCAGUUCAACGACCCCGUACACUCUCGGGCUUGCGCUAUACCUGCUUCCGUGGCUUUUGCAGCAGAAAUCUUUGGUUCGCUGUAGGUUAGAUAGCUCUUGAGAUCCAACGUUCCACGUCGUCGUGCACCUAUGUUCCUUGAAUUUAUACAUCCUGUGAGUGAUAAUUUGUAUGCUCGUGUGAGACGGUUCCAUUGACGGAGAUUCUGUGUCUGCUUUGAGGAGUAUUUGGCGCUGGGUAACACAUGAACAUUGCAUUUUCCACGCUAUUGUUAGUCAGAAUUUGGAGCAGCCAGAUUGGAAGAUAUAUACAGUUCACUGCAUGUUUCCUUCCCUUGUCGGUAGUUUUACUUCGUUUUUUGAAUUUACAUUGUGCUUCCCUAAAGGGUAUCUGUUACCGAUUCAUGCGCAGACGACUGAGAUGUUGGAAAAUGCUUCUUAGAUUGCACACAUUUGCCAGUUCCCAUUGCGGUUUUAUAUGCGGUCAAUUGUGAAAUCCCUAAAUUUUGUAGUUUUUCCCUGUAGUAACAUCCCAAAAAACACUGAAAUACACCUUACAUAAUUUGGUGCCAUGGUGUUUGUAAAUUUCCACCGAGAUUUCAUCGUCGUCUGGAGCUUUACCGCUGGGCAGUGUCCUACUGCUCGCAUUGUCUCCUUGGUGGUGAAAGCAGCUCCGGCGUCUCUUCGCUCAAGAAGGUUACUCGGUAUCCACUCCUUACGGUUACCCUUGUCCGGAGAACUGGAUAAACAGGCAGCCAGAAUUUCCACCUUGUGAUGGAUUAGUCCGUCUAAAAUCGGUCCUGUCCUCCUUUGCAAUUAGACUGCCAUUGGAUUAUUUAAUAACGCAUAAGCAAUAGAGGCUGCCAUAGAGAGCAAUGCCAUCUGGCAGUCUGUAGAUAGGCAAGAACAUUGGAAUUGAGGUCCUUUUUACUAUUGUUUCGAUGGCGGAUUUUAAGUCCCCGAGGCAUGACCGGCUUGCAAAAAAUGUGAUUAUCCGGCACUUGCUCAGGUUUCCUUUUUGACAUACAUCCAGAAAACCCAAAUAUUUUUUCCCACACAUGACUACUGAGUAUACCCGGCGGCUGCGGGAGUCCACUAUGAUUUACAAAGUCUCUUUUGGGGGAUUCCAUUCGAACCACCUCUGGAUGUCGCAAAGUAGAAAACCCCUAACAGGUUCAUUGAUGCGUUUGAUGGGGAAAAUCAGUGUUCUGCAUAUGAAUGCCUGCUACGACAGUGGCCACGCUUGCUCCAACCGACGUCGACGGUGUCAUCAAUGCUACUUUUCUAGGGGGAACAUUCGACGGUAGUAUACCUGCGUCGGGGUGCCCUCAAAAGUGUAGUGUCCUGUAAGGGUCAUCCAACCGCUUGGACUAAACGGGAAUGACCAUAAAGCUUUCUUCGAUUCUUUUCGGGGCUAUUCUACAGCAGUUGGAUCCAAAAUAUUAUUCCAGCCAUUUAGGUACAACAUUUUGGGGGGUUAGGUACAGUGCUGAUCCUUAACUGGUGAUAUGCAAGUCCAAACGACUUGCCACUAACAGCAGGGAAUUCAACUUACUAUUACAAUAUUAAAAUCAUGACCAUUGAUGCUUACAGAGCAAACUAACUGGGAUAGUCACAGACCAAGACAAUGGUAACUAAUAUUCCAACAAGCACGAAUCUUCGUAGCAAAAAACUCUAAGGAACUGCGUGGGAAGCACAUAACAGUAAUAAACAGGAGUCGGUCCACAAAUCUUUUUUCCUUAUAUUGUCCAUUCUUAGUAUUUGAGAUCCGUCCCUCAAUGGGAAGUGUAAAUGAGCAAAUUCUGCAUCACUUUGAUAAAAAGUGGAUUGAAUGAGAUAUUUUUGUCUCGAAGAAAACACCCAACAUUAAAAAACAUGCCUUCCUUGGCUCAGACAUCUGUGUUUGGAAUAGUUCGCCUUGGUUUCCCCUAAUAUACUUAUAGUCGGCGUCCUAGUUAGGCACAGAAAUGAAUAACGGCGACAACGUUUAAGCAUCUCGCCUUUGCUGAUCAAUCAUACUCACCAGUCAGAGCGUAGUCAGUAAAAAGUCGCCAUAUGGCCUGCAGUUUUUAGUAUCAAGGGAUUUAUUCUAUCUGAUGACUAUUCGUCCUUUUCUAAUAGUUAUAACACGAAAUAGUGGCUUUAAAAGUAAAAACGCCUGUACUGACUGCUUAAACUCAAAGGUUACUUACCGAUUUUCUCAAAGAUUCUUCUGAUCCACAAUCCUGCUCAUGGUCUACCGUCAAUUUUCGUUAGAUGUGUCAAAAUAGUUGUGCAAUAAUUAAUUAUUAUCAACUACUACGUCUUUCUCUUCCGGUCUACUUGCAAUAAAAAGGCUUAGGAAUUAAGAAAAAAGCUCUUUUUACUGAUCAGAUAGUAUUUUCCUGAAAUUUACAAAAUUAAUUAAAAUAACUUCUGCAAGUUCCACGAUUACAUGAAAUUUUUCAUUCAGACUUUCACAACCAAAAACUGUCCCAGAUUCAGUUGAUAUAAUCGGACUGCGAACUCCGCGGUCUACCAAUGAAAAUAUUCCCUCUGACACCUACAAAGAAUUAACCCACCAGAAGAAACUAUGACCGAGGAGUAUGUAGCAAAAGCAUUUUGUUUUGCGCCGUUCUAAUAGUUCAAGCACAUGCACAACCGUCGUACAAAAGUGAAGCAACAUUACUGGUUUGCUUUGUUGUCUCUAAUGUAGCUUAGUUUUUACUUAACUGCGCACAAAGUUAAACAUGGACUGUUUGGACUAACGAACUAAAACCCACACACAGACCAAGCUGUAAAAAACAGCAGAACGUGAUUGAGGUUAUCUGAAAAAAUCUCUUAAAUAUGCAGGCCACUGUUCCAGAGAUUACUUGUCCUUGCUAACUCGCAUUUAAUAAUCGGUCCCAGUGAAUACUUUAAAUGCACUUUUAAAUCAGUCCGGUGAGUUUUGAAGCUAUCAGUCCACUGUCGCAACCAUUAGAUGAAGGGAAAAACAUGGUCCGUUAAAAAGACAAAAAUAACGCCAAAUUCAACCCCCUGGGUUGUAGUUUUAGUCAGAAAAAUGCUAAACUUAUUUAACUUAUUUAUUUUAUUUAUUUAUUUCAUUUACCAGAAAAAGCUUUGAGAAACAUCUUGACUUCUCCAAGUUUACUUUGAUUGUUUAAAGGAAUGGUAAUGUUAUACACCCCUAAUGGCACAGGCGAACAUCCAGUUCAGUUAACCCGAAAAGGAUAGUUAUAUUUUCAAAUAUAUACUAGGAAAACGUGGACAUUCGGAAGCUCAAUUUUCGAACGAUGGAGUCACGUCCCACUUUCUACUAUCAGAAAUCAGGGCGGGUUCAGAGUCAUCUGUUAGCAAGACAGAUGAAAAGCUGGAAUAAACCUCAGCACUGAAGAACAGAAAUGAUAAGUCGAUAAAGACGCUCACCGAAAACAUAUCUUCAUUUAAUUGAUAAAAACAGCUUAAACAUUAGGAUUAAGUGAGCUACUAGCUAGCGUUAGUAGGGAUUAUUGUGGUGGGGUAAUAUCUAUUGACCGCAGUUGUAGUAAAAGUAAUAAUUUGAUGGAAAGUGUGAAGAUUGUAAUGAUGAGGAAUCAGAUGCUUGCAGUGGUAGUGGCGGCUGUAAAGUUGUCGAUUGGCAGGAGAAAGGAAAUUUGAUGGGAGCACGAAGAGAAGAUGCAAAAAUGAAGUCGAUGUAUACUUAGAAUCCCACAUCGUCUUUAAGUCUUUCUUAUUUUGGAGGUACGCCAUUCGCCAAGUGUACAGAUGCUACUAGACUGAUGUGAAAAUGGCAUAUCUGCGUGGCUUGCACUUUUUAAAUUAUUUAUCCGAUUUUGCGUAUUUAGCUAUCUGCCGCAGAACAGUUGCCCUACUGCUGGCAAUGGCCUCUUACCCGAGUAGAAUCGAGGCUGGAAAACUGAUAUGCUUUUAUUCGAAGCAGAAAACGUUAUAGGCUGAGUUUUCGCACAGCACAAACCCACCUUUCAUGGUAAACGGCUCUUAAUGCGUCUAGUUCGUCCCAUCCCGAUGAGGCGCAAUAAUGACCGGCAAGAAUCUUUCCCUUGAGAUUUUCUUAGUGGUCGGCCGAUCUCGAAACUGACAGUGAUGAGAGAACUAUGCAAAGUAGAGUGUCAAAUUUUUAUGUGACCGGAAAGUUUUAUAUUGUUAGAACCUGUCGAACAGAAGGCGUGUGACUAACAUUAGAGUUCAUGAACAUCACCUGAAUGUAUGUACACGCAGAUGUGGUGGAAGAAGUACCUAGGUGGUGAUGUGAAACGCUUCAAUGUUCCUUAGCGUUUUACUUUUGCCCUACUAAGACAAACCCCUCCUUAGGUGGUUGUCAUUUCUCUCGUUAAAGUUAGACCGCCCACAAGCUUGAUAAUCAUUUUAGUAAACGACGUAAGCAACGUACAAACAUCGUUAGGGCACAUAUUCGACUGCUAACCAGCCUCGGAUUUCGAAUAUUUGUUCGUUCUUAAACAUUUAUGAUGUUGAUCUCUCAGAAUAAGAAUUAUUCUGGAGCGGGCAGUACACGCUGGAUAGAGUUACCCAUAUUUGUGAAUACCUCUUUCCCAACGGUGUCAACAAAACUGUCAUUAUUAGACACUUUCGGCACUCAUUAGUAAGCAGUGAAAAAGAACAUUAGAAAACAAAUUGACAAGUCGUGAAUAAGAUGACUGAUGGAUACGGUUUUAGGACCAGGAGCAGAAAUCACAGCGCUGUAACACAAUUAUGAAAUUUGCGAGCAUUCAGACUAUUCAGCUUCAAAUUAGUCCCUUAACAUGUUGCAGUAUGUAACAGCUUUCAUGGCACACUUAAAAAUGCAAACUGUAGGACAUUAGCAUGAUUCUCAUGAAACCAGUCUCUGUGUUUAGCAUAGUGUGAAAUAUUCUCAGGCAACCCUUAAAUAUUUCCAAACAGCCCCCUUGAUAACGUUUAAUCGGGAGAUAGACAUAUAGUACCUUCUUCCACAAAAGAAUGAAGCAUGUAAGUUAGCUUCGGAUUUUGACUGAAAUAAUUAAGCGAUUCGCAUUGUAACGGUGUUCCAGUUUUCUGUUCCGCUGAUAAAGAAGAAUGUCGUCACUCGGAGGGUUUGUAUGGGCAUUUCCGCGUGUUUUCCACUUUCUAGUAAUUCUAUUUCGGUAACUGCUUAAUUUCCCGGAAAAAUAUGUUGGUGGCAUUUGCUUAAUUUCUUAACAAAAUUUGCCGUUAGUGAGAAUUCGCUUUUUACCAACUCGCAGAAAAGCCACUUGACAUCCACAUAGCACUUGAACUUAGAUUUUCAUAAAUACACAACACUAUGCUGCGGUUAAAAUUUGGAUAGUCAAAACAGAUACUUGCAUUUUAUCUUACUUUCCCAAGUCAGUCUUUAAAAUCUCUGAAUUACGGCACUGGAUGAUCAAAUGGAAACUGGUUUAAGAUACAUGGGUCGCGACUACCUCUCUUAACUUAAAAGGAAGUGUAUUCUGCGAAUUUAAUACAAAGGAAUACCAGUUAUACUCACAAGUAACGGGCGUUUUCUCCUUGGUUCGACCGACGGAGCACGUGGCGUAAACUCCCAAGUUCGGCGGUUCAAAAAAAUCUUGCAUCAGGUUUUCUCAGUGCGUUAAUGGUCUGUGUCCAUUAUUUCCCAAGGAGGUGUGCUAGCCAAUGUAACAUAUCUUAGUAAUGAUUUACUUCAAACCCAUAUUUUUGCAGCCCGCGUGGUGUGCCCAUUUUUGUCACAAAAUGUUUAUCCGAUCAGUUUUAGGGAAAUGAAUGUUCUCAAACUGCGUUCUCGCACAGACUACCACUUUCCUAAUAAAAUGAUACUCCGCUAACGAAUUCCACUGGCCCGUUGUCUGUACAUAAAUCUUUCUACUCAAUCCAUCCUUAGUUCUUAUUGUUGGUGGCCUAAAGGCCAGGAAUCGACUAUGGGUCCGUAUGCAUGGAUAUACGAACGCGGUACGAUUGAGUUUCCUGCCUCUAUCAACAAAUCACGCCCUGGUCAUGCGAUGAGGGAUUAAAACAGAACAUGGACUCCAUCGUUUAAACGAGAGGCGGCUGGAUACUAUCGGAAUACACAGUUAAAACCAAAAAUAAUUUCACUAACACUAAUGUUGACAGACAUACCCGUAUUGCAAUACACGACUUUCAGCUCUUCACAUAAGUGUUAUAAAUUCAGUACGGAGCAUAUGCAAGCCCCCGUCCCUUUGUUUCUAUAUAGCAUGUGGUCUACUGACAAUGUCAAAGGCUGAUACAGCCGCACUUUCCAUCCGAUUCCGUCAAUGUUGUUUUCAACCCGGAGUCUUUUGACAAGCUUGCUGGUGCAGUUAUCGGCUGCCCAAGGAAUGCUCGAUGCAAAGCCGUCAAAGUCAGUCAUGUGUGUAGUAACUGUUUCAGUCCUUUGGUCCUCUAUUGGGCAAGAUUCUUUUUCGUAACCGCACCUGUUAGGCGUUGGGGUUGAAGGUUAAGGUCAGGGGUUAGGACUUAGGCUGGGGUCUGUCUGCUAUAGGUACGGCUAAGAAAUAUGAUCCGUCCCUCCAGUGGAAAAAUUUCAAAACAUUCUCGCUGCAGCGUUUGAACUCCCCUACCAAGGAGAUGAGCUCGCUGCGGUGCUGAAAAGUGCGCGUGCGGUAUUUGUCCAAGCAGAGCACUAGGCAGAAGUUUACGCGUAAUUUCGUGCUCUUACUCAUUCUUAAGUACGAUGUCUUAUUCCUCGCACCGAUAAUAACCAUCUUGUCUUCAGGAAACGAUGCACAAAAGAAGCAGCAGACGCCAACGGUACUGUAUGCUAUUCCGGCCAAUCAGGCCCUGCAGCAUCAACAUGCGCACCAGCUACAUCAGCACGUUAUUCAGACUUCCACUGGACCAAUGAUUGUCCACUCCGCACAGUUGGCCAGCUUGCAACGACAGCAGGGAAUUGCCGCCGGACUAAUUGGUCAGCCCCCCGGGCAUGCCCAGGGGAAAAUAGUUGGGGUAGUGCAGACUGCAGCCCUAGCUACGCCUUCGACGACUUCUACGCCUCCCCCCACGGCAUGCGAGGGGACAUUGGGACAAAGACCCCUUUCAGGAGGUGCUGCAAAAGCGAGUGGGAGAAUCGGUGAAUUAGUCUGCACGUGUCCCCCGGAGCUUCACCAGGGUAAGUUGGAUGAAAGGCUCAACUCGCAGCUGAAUGUGUCUAGUUGGAUCACAUGAUUAAUACAUGCGUCCCCCGCUCGGCUGACAAGGUCCAAACUAUCAGGAGCGAGGGCUGCAACCAAGUGUUACGUACUGUGUCGCUAACCCUGAACAGCGCAUGUCCGGUUGGAAUGAUUACAUGCGCAGCGUGUGGUGCAAUGAUGCAGAAAAUUGGACCGUCUCGGUGUAUUCAGUGAUUUCCGAAAGUUUAAGGGCUGGAGGAAAAGACAUCAUUUAAAGAAACGAAAGUCAGAGCCAAGACAGUUUGCUUCCUCUAUUCACUUUAAGUGCCUUUGGCCCUAGUAUCCCUACACGGUGUGGCACUGACGGCUUCGUAGGACGCAGUUUUAACUUGUCAAUAGAGUACGAUGGGACAACAACUACAGCAUAUCGUAAUUUGUAAACUUGCCCAUUUGCUCGCUACUAAUUGAUGUCCAUAUGGCAUUCAGCAUGCAAAUACUAUGUUUGAUGAGAGGAAUUUCACCAUCAUUUUUUCUAACCAAGAAAUGUGGUCAGUUCCCCGGUACUCAUUGCCAACCGAGUGCUGCAUACCGAUAACGCACUUGAGCGAAUAACCUUCUAAUCCAUACAGCUUCGAAAAGCAAUCCAGCGCUUUCAAGCCCACAUUUUCGGUUUCGUAAGGUUGGGGUGCGCGAGACGUCCUCCUUAUUAGAUAUUAUCUGAUCGUCAGUGUUAAAUAUGCCUUUGUUUUAUUAGUUGUAACAUGUAAGAAAUCUAUGCUGAGAAGCAGAUAACACAAUCAGGUUUUUAACUGUAAAGGCAGCCAAAUUAAAAAUAAUUUCAUAACGGAGCGGUUGUUAUCUGUAGAGUAUCCAAAACAAAAAAGUCAGGAAAUUACACUUUGUAACCAGUACUUUCAAUCUCGUCUGUUUUGUUCUGUUGACUUUUAGCUUCGUUCCACUAGAAUUCAGGGCGAAAGAGCACUUACUAGGCCUUGUAUUUUAUGAGUCAGAGGGAUUUUUCUAGGCAUGUGUAUGUCAGAUGGAAGUUAGGCCGAAAAACCGGAUAUAGACUUUAGCUCAAGGGAAUCCUGUUUCAGUUUCACGUCUGGCAAGCAUAGUAGAAGUGAAAAAUCUCCUCGGAAUUUCUUCGUUUACAUCUUAUUUUUUUAAGGCGUUAGCAUUAACCAGCCACUGGACGUAGUGGGUACCAGAAGGCUGCAGUGGCUGUGAGGUAGGCGAUGCCACAGAUAGGCUUACAAGCUAUCUUAUGGAGAAGCAGGUAACUUGACACCGGCAUAAGACGGGGGUCUACUGCCACGGUAGAGGCACGAGAUAAACGCACGCCUGACCACCUAGAUCAGCACGUAAAGAGGGGCAGCAGAGCGCUAACUCUCAAAAGAACUCUCAAGCGAAUUGAACUCAGGAGACACACGUAACUACCUUCCGAUCACACUGAUGGCCAAAGCCUAGCGUGCUCAUAAGAAGUAGGCAGAAUCAGGUUUCGUUAAUCAGUUUUCACCGUUUCCUGGACUGUGCGCUGUUGUAAAAGCAAUAUACGCCACUAGUUACCUGUGGUCAGUGCCUAGUGGAUAAGAAGUAACUUAACAACGUAUAUACGGAUUUUAUGGCAACAUGUAUUGGCGGUUAAAUAUGCGCACUGACGAUGCGAUGCUGUAGAAUGAUAUUCCGUGUCAUAUCUGAUAUUGUACGACAUCUGUGUUUUCGUAGGUGGUUGAUAAGAAGUCAUGUACCUUAAGUUGGCAUUAAUAUUUUAUCGUGCAUCAAAUAGCCAUAGGGAAUUCACGUUUGACAUCACCGACUACUUGUUAAAAGCCCGCUCAUACGACCUUAAUCAGCAUUAGCUACUACAGAGUAGCGAUAACAUAUUCUUAAACUGUCAGCGCACCUCCGACAAAUACGUGGGGUGAUCAAGUGUCACUCGCGUAUUUGUUAGAAACACCAUUUCCAGGUCCAAAUGUUUAUUCAAGUCACAAGGUGUACGGAAAAGUGAAACUUGCUGUAAUCUCCUUUUGUGAAAAAAGAUGCAAUACAAAAAUGACGUCAAACUUUAGCUCUGAUAUGCUGUUACUGAUAUAAAAUAUUCCGACAAAAGCAAUGGAGACUGGGAUGGCCAUUUCUUCUUAUUAACUGUCAUCAAUCAGGCAUAGCCAGCCCUAGUCGUGGGUGGUCUUAGGCUCGAACUAUUAAUCCAAUAGUAGUAAUACAAAUUUUGGCAGACAAACCUCCGCGCGAGGAGGCGCUAGCUUCCCCAUUUUUUAAUAAUCAGUGGUGUUUUGCGGGUAUGCUAGAUUUUGUUAAAAUGGUUUGAUUUUCCCUUGGAAGCGGUAGAAGACGCUUUACCGUUGACUUCUGGACUACGACAUGUAAACAUGUCCCAGCGCGUGGAUCGACGUCGCAUGUUGAUGACCAUGGGAAACGUUUAAGAUGACGAAAAUAAUCUAUACAACGCAGAAAAAGAGUUUCGGCCGCCGACACAGGCACUUUAUUUGUCAGUUACUAGGUACUCACUGCCUAAUGGCUCUGUGGUGCAGCCCGCGAAUUAAGGUAUUCGAGACCACGCAUAGAAGCUUAUCUUUCCGAUUAUUUGGCUUAGAGUCUGUAAUUAUUGUCUGUUAGCCGUUGCCUAUCUUGGUUAUGAUUAAGGGCUUGUUUAAGCAGAUAAUGUCGCAAGUGUACCCUAACCAAACAUUAACCACACCGAACUCCGUACCAAUGCCAAUGGAACUUACCCCACAGCAAUGGAAACAUUUGCGUGCCCCAUGUGUACGAUUUUCAGAAGCAUCGAGAUGGAAGACAACAUCAUGGGUCGGAUAUCUAAAGUUAUCCAGGCCUUCGGCCGUCUAAAGCACUCUAUCUAAAACCGUCGCGGCAUCCUACUCAACACAAAACUCCGGAUGCAUAGGGACAUCGCGCUUGUGUGGGGCGGAGACUGGACUGUUUAAGAGAGCCAAGCAAGAAGACAACCAUUUUCACCUCAGCUGGCUCCGAAGAAUACUGCGGAGUUAAAGUGACAGGAAAGGAUUCCUGAAAUCCCAGUAUCCACGCCAUGUUGAGAUAAAUACAACAGCAAUGGAGCGCCACAUUGUGAGGACGUACGACGGGCGGCCGCCCAGGCGGCUAUCCUAUGACGACUUAAAUGCGGGCGGUCGCAAACAAGGCGAAUAAAAGUGUCACCAGAAGGACACAUCGAAGACCUCAUUCAAGCUCCUACAACUCAACCCGGAAGAUCCGGGAACACCUCGCCAAAGAUCGUCAGGCGCGGCAGACUGUCGUAAAGACCGGAGCCAACCCAAUAGCCAUUGCUAAGGCAAUGAGAGGAGUCCGCAAGACGCAAAUGCACGCAUCAACGACGCAAGCAUCCAAGCUCUGCCACCGUGUGCACAAUGAUAGCAGACGUUCCGCGCAUGAAUAUUUCCCUUUGGACACGUGCAGACCUAGUGCAAUGUCAACACGACAAACCCAUCCCUCAUCUCACGACACAAAACCACUACCGCGACAAUUAGCAGCACUAGUGUCGACUCUCCUGCCGAUAUACAAAAAAAUACCACAACUGUCCCUUCGGAAAACAAUGCGGAUUGUUUCUAAACCGUCGACAUCACAAUGGCACUUUAGCAUCAACCACAGAUCUGGUCGAUUGCUCGUGAAUCUAUAGCACAGAGCCGGCGAACCACUUAUUUAGCUCCGGCAUACACCCACCCUGCACUCUCCAUCUGCCUCAAAUGCUCCAGGCCAUUCAUACACCGCAUGAAUCUAAUUAGUCAUAAGCAUACCUGUGACAGCAGAAUUUGCCGCAAAGUCAUCGUGAAAAAAUAACUCCCUAUGCCUGAAAACCCCUAUGCCACUAGCACUACCAAUUCAUCCACUACCACCAGCAUCGCUAUCACUGCCAAAGCGCCGGCUCACGAACCACAGGCCAAUCCUGACCCUUCGGUAAACGCGCAUUUGUAUAAAGUAUCGGCUCGACUGAACACCUGAAAAUCCGCCGUCAUCAGACUGAAAUACCAAUCCCAGGAGCCUUAAUGUACAGCUGUCGCACCCGAUUCACUUGCAUACACUGUCCAGGGAUAUCCCACCAUUUAAUGCGCCUAUUUGGCCAUAUGCUCCUUCGUGAAAACUGCGGUGGAACACCGCAGACCCUAUCCCACUAGCCCACACAUCCUACACGAACUCGCCUGUCACCUGGGUUACUAACUCGGUAUUCGAGAUAUGUACUAUGUGUAUAUGAAAUAACCGUGUCGAUCGCCAGUAGUAAGGCUUGAUGGUUCCUUAUUACUGUGCCCCCAACGACCCUCCUACGAACGUGAGGUUCAAGUCGUCCUGAAUUUUGUGAGGACCCGUUAUAUUGUAAGGAGCAACAUGGUCGCAUGCGGACCUUGUAGACGGGAUCAUGUAGCUGUCAGCCAUUUAGUCCUAACCCACUUUCGAUGGUCCUGACACCGUCUAGCGGUCGGGUUAUUGUGGUUGAGGGAGCAAAGAGUGGGAUGGAUGCAACGCAAGUCUGACUUACUAUAAACUACUUCACGCGCAAGUCCUCGGUGCCGCGUUCACCCCGUGGCGAAAUCAGUGGUCGUCGCCCGUUUCGUUCGAACUCUCAACUACUACAACUAUCAGGUCAUAUUCCGAUUAGACAUAGAUGCCAGGAAGGGGGUGGAUUAAAUAUUGCCUAAAGACAGGAGGAGCAGCGGCGAAAGCUCUGUUAGAAUGUCUACCCAAAUGGAGCUGGCGGCCACUGCGUUUCACAAUGUCUAGGUGGGUCGGAUUAGUGUUUAUGUUCGUCUUGGGAGAAUGCCCCAAAACUGAACCAUUUUGGUACUGACGUGAGGGCGUGCGAACGAAUACUGUCGCGUGACGGCUGGCGCUGGGAGCAGAAUAGCCACCAUGCAAGUAUACUUUUCAUCCCAGUGAUUAGAAAAUGCUGCUUCGCUAAAACAUGUCUUGCCUUGGACUCGAAUUCUUGUUGAUAAAUUAAAAAAUGAUCAGACAGUCCUGCCCACAGAAGAGAGUGUUAUCAUCGAGACAUGAGUAUUUGUACUCCCACGCACAGUAUACCGGAAUGUCUUCUGUACUGCGAACGUUAAGGGACCUGCGCAUGCACGUGAUUGGUCCGUCGUCUGCUAGCGACAGCACCAGUGACAUCUUAACACCAUCUAGUGGUGAGUCAUGCAUGUCCGUCCGGUGAGCGUUCGCACCACGGCGUCCUCGUGGUGACUGCCGCACCGGGUAUCGCACGCCUCGCCAUACACCCGUCUGAUUGUGCUCUUGGCCGGCAUUGACGCAGAGAUCGUUUGAUCCGAUACUGAACGACGUGAGAAUUGAUAAAACAGUCCCUGCAAUCGCCUUGCUGUGCAUCCAUCAACUCAGCCCGCUGCGUCGACUGUGAUAGGGUCAUAUUCGCGUCCAGUUUACGCGACGCCGUUAACGCUGGGUGCACAAUUUGAACUACAAGCUGGUGUUCGUGUAUUUACUUUUGCGGUUGGUAGGCAGCAUUCCCUCUAAGUGCAGUAGGAAUCAGUUGUUUGUUGUCAGGCUAUGAGCAACUCAAGUCUAGCGACGGCUCGAGGAGCAAUCUCAGAGACAUCUUUUGAGUUCACAAGACUCCAACGAGAAAAAGGCUUUCCGUUUCCCCACGUGGAUGACUACGACUUAUUUCCAUGAGUAUUUGCGAAUAUUAACUAAACCAAAGGCACAUUCGAGGAUAAUUAUUCUCAGUCCCUUUGGCUGCUUUGAUGGACAAUGGGUUUCCAUUCACCAUCACGGCCUUCGAAGUGAAGUCUUUAUGUGUUUGCCGAUGAUUUCUACAGCAUAUACUUACCUAAAGUGUGAUUUUCAACAAUGUUGACUUCCGACGACAACCGCAAUGGAAAUGAGUUUCUCCUGUUCCUUUAUUUAUAUUAAAACGUAAUUCCAGCAAACAGGAUUUCAAUUGUCCAUUACCUGACGCAACGAAAUCCGUUCUUGUUAAAGAACGCUGGUGGCUGGUUGAGCUUUUGGAAGUCCUAUUUACUUGGCAGUGGGUGAGCUCGGGAAUCACAUGUGUGAGCACUUUGCCUACGCCCGUAGCUCAACCGAAGAACGCAGGCAGCACAGCCCUGCCAUCAAAUUGAUCGCAAUUGCACCGAUCAGCAUCGGCCACUGUUAUAAAAUAUUUCAGAAGUAUUUGCUAACGUGAAAUAACUGAAGGCCGCAGAACACACUCACAGGUGCCCUUCGGGCAUAGCGGGAACAAGAGUUAAAUAUUCAGUCCGUCAACGAACAAGAAAGCUUUGCCAGCUUCCAAAGUGCUAUCAACGGUGGGGACCAGAAUGUGACGUAACACAUGAAACAUUAACGAAAUUUCCGUCUGUGGUAGAAGCGAUUGCUCAGUUGGGAAUGUGAUGUUGAUUAUCAUACAGCUCAAUCUCGGGAAAUUGCAUUCGUGGCCGAAUGUCGGCGUUUUAGUGCGUUUUCGUCCACUCACUUGUGCAAAUCUUGAUCGUUAAAAAGUGGUCACCCAAACAAAGUUAACUUUUUCAUUGGUUUUAGUUGUCUUCAUAAACCUACGAAUAUUUUAUAGAGAACACGGACAAUGCACUUUUUCGUGUGCUAUACUUGCACCAACUUACGUUUUCCUUAAAUUGCCCAAUCAAAAAGAGUACCACCCGGUUUUAAAACGAUUUAGGGUUCUCGGAUAAUUUGAAAUUUAGUCCCUUGCAUCUAGUUUUAGAGCCUGCAAACCUUUGUCUACUAACUUUUUAUUUAGAAAAAUAAUAUACUCCUUUCUAGUGAUAAUGGGACGCCAAAGAGUGCUGAGAUAAUCUUAAGGGAACAUGAGUCCCGCUGUAUGCUAUAUGAGAAACACUCGUAAGCAGAAAUACACGAUGACUUCCUAAAAGGUCUCCCACUUCAUGUUUUUUUUUAAACCGGACGAUAUCUCUUUUCUGGCGGACAGUUUGAAGAAAAUGCAAUAUACUGAAGCAUUGGCCUUAGUCAAGAUACUCUGUAACGUAUAUUUGGAUCAGUUAAAGCAUUGAAUAUCAAAAGAAAAAUUGUAUUACUCAAGUAGCAAGUUUUAGCGAGCAUGAUUUUAGGGUAACCGUAAAGAUGCGUAUUCAAAACUGAAUGAUGAUAAAUCUUGCAAACGUACCUAGGUAAGGUUGGACAAGCUUUUGUAAAGCAUAGUUCUAGUGUUUGGUUGAUUAAUUGUGGUAGAUGGGACAUUCAACGUUAAAUAAGAUCUUUGCUUAUCAAUAAUAUUUGCCUUUAGGGAAUAUCGCCUCAUCGGAUGUGCUCAUUUUCUGAGACCAUAUCCAAUUUAAGACGCAAUUUUAUACAUUUAAAAGGAGGUGAGGCAUUCAGGAAGUGCGCUAGAUUAUUUAUUAAACAAGCAGCCGUCGCAAACGCCUUUUGUGGCAUGCAGAGGUAGAGACCAGCUAGUUGUUCUGAAGUAUUGCUACUCAUUGUGAGCUGUAACUACGAAAACUGGUUACUGCGCGGACGACAGGACGUGAUAUUAAGUAAAUUUAUAUCGGGGGUCGGGAGCAUUUGUGCAGUUUUGUUAACGUCCAGACCAUAUGCCCAGCUCCUCUUAUUGGAACCUCGGACAUAGUCACUGCUGGUCGUGGUACUUGCAAGUCUCUCCUUCUGUAGGCAAUCACAGUUUUAUGUACUGAAUUGCCUGAAAUUUUUGGUAUUUAGGCCGUAUUCAUAUUCAUUCUGCAGCCCUAGCAGAACAACAGCAAAGACAACAGAAUCAGCAGAACGCUCUUCUACUGAAUCGAUCGAACCAGUUAUCUGACGCAGCACCCUUACACCCCCAACCAUUCUCUGCUCAAUCUGAACAGAAACCUUACCACGGCAGGUAAAUUUACAUAUUUUGUUGUCAUGUCUUUGAAUUUUAGCUCACAUGUUACGUCUGCGAUCAUUCAAAUUUUUCAAAAGUUUUCUUUACUGAAACAUGCUGAAGAUAGCAAACGCGUCAAGAAAAAAUUGGCACAUUCCGGUAGAGGUUGUAAACAUGCCGUAAAACAGAGCCGACUUUGUUUCCAAACACCAAUAGUCCAGCUCAUGAACACUUGGGUGGGUUUUUGAUCCCAUUUGAUUACUUUCUCAACCUCGACCAAAAUCGACUCCGUUAUUUGACGGUCCUCGUAUCCCUGUAGGUUCGUCAUGAAAUGAGCGUCUCUGAACUUUAUCACAUUUUCUUUUAUAGAAUACCGACGCGAAGUCUUCUUGCUUAAGUCAAAAUUUAGUUUGAUUGCAACUUUUGAAAUAAAUUUUAAUAUAUCCACUCAUAGAAACAGCUGAGCUGCACUUCUGCUGAUUUUUCUUAUAUAAAAGCAAACCUAAAAAUAAUCAAAAGGGUGCUGUAAAAAUUAAGAAGUCGACUUAUAAAACAUAAACUAAAAAUUCACAAUCACAUCCGGGGAGUCCCGUUAACAGUCACCAGCAUUGUCUAGUUUGAGCAUUCGGGCUAACUAGUCUCUCGUCACUUUUUUCCGCCAUAAAACUGUCAUACUCGACCUCCGGUCCAUUACUACCUGAAGUUAGAAUGCGGACCCAUGCGGUUUUCCAGGUGUUAUCUUUCAUAUAAGCCAGAGGGUCGCCUAUUGUUAGCUGUAGUCAGUUAUCUUUAAAUGGGCAUGGAAGUAGUGAUCGCUGAUUUGCCAUAGUCUGAGGAUAAGUGUCAGACUCUCUUGCAGCCAGAAACCUGUAUCGCAUUUUCCCUAUUCUCUGUCGUUAAUACCACUUUAGUGUUCAUUGCUCGUCGGCAUACGACCGGCGUUCCAAAGCCAAAUAAGAUGUACCUUGUUCUGAGCCGUAAUCUCCUUUACUUGCAUGCGACUGCGUCAUAGUUGACCAGUUAAGGUCCAGAACGGUCUUUAGCACUGCGGUGAUGCCGAAUGGCGCUGACAGUUUUUGACCUUAUCUUGCCUUCUUGCUGAUGAUGUCCUAAACUAGAAAGCUAAUUCUGUUCAUUGACAACAUUAGAGCGACUUAAAAUGAAGCAUCAAACGAUAGCAGCCAAUAAACUCAAUGAGCACCAGAAUUCUGCAGUCACUGGAUGCUUUCGUCAUAGAGCUUAGAGGCAUGCGCUUUGUAUGGCAAAAUAACGAAUCAAUGGUUUUUUACCUAACUGCCAGAUCAGCAUUAGUGAAGGGAAAGUAGCCCAUUGUUUCCAUUAAAAAAUAAUCAGACCGAUGGCAGAAUGUUAUUACCGACAAAACGGAACGAGUGAGUUCCGUAAGAACGAUCGGGGAGCGCCCCUCCACCACUUUUUAUUCCCGAUCGAAACCAACAGGACAAAGAGCGCGUAGCUCAGUGGUUAGAGCCGUUGAACGUCUAACUAACAGGUCGCGAGUUCGAGCUCCAAGUGUUACACACCCCGGGGUUGGGUAGGACUGGCUGACGACAACGAAUAAGCCCAAAAUGACCAUUCCAGUCUCCCUUGUCUUUGUCAGUAAUCACAUUCUGCCUACAUCAUGCACCGCUGUGUGGCUGCCGACUAGGCUCGAGGGAGAGAGAGAGCAAGUAAGGCACACUAGAACGAGUGACUUCCGUAAGAACGAUCGGUGAGCGUCCCUCAUCAAACAGAUUCAUAUAUCAAGAUUUUUGGAAUUGAAGUUCAAGUAGCAGGCCCACCAAUUCUUCCCAAAACCUGAAAUGUACAUCAAGGAGGACGGUUUGAGAUUUGGCUUUUGAAACACGGUAUUCACCAGCGUUAUCAGAAUUGCGCGGCCCGCUAGACAGACUGCCUGCCCGCCAACCAACAUUUAGGAAGGUAAUAUACUUGGGACUCUCUUCCGAACUUAGUGAAGCUGCCACACAGUAAUUGCCUAAGUUGCCGAUACUCCUGGCGAUGUAAAUUUGGAACAUGCAUAAAGCGUGUGUCAAGGAGGUUUCAGGUUAUUACACUUAGUUUAUGUUCACCGAAACUCAAAGUUCGAACAGAUGAUCUUUCGAAUGCACUAGGCACACUUCAUUAUCUGCUACCUUUACCAUGGCGCACAUUCCGUAAAUACGUGACAGACACAAACCGGCUUUUACCAUCUGUGCUAGAUUUGUUGUCUGCUUGCCAAUGCAGCACUCUACAAGACGGAUGUUCGAGAAUUCGGCGUAUCCCACUAAUGCACACUCUACCAGCAUAAACAAAACUCGUUUAGACCUUCGACGAACGCAAAACACUUAGAUCGACUCCCCUAAAUGUAAUGCAUGCAUGGACUGCAAGUGUGAGUGUGUUUCCUCGUGCAGUACCUCCUUGUUUACUUAAACUCCAGAUAAGUCAGUUCUUAUACUGCAAAAAAUAAACUACUUUCUGGAAUUGCGUGGCAUUUUCUUUAAAAUGAAGGGGCAAGACGUCCUUUUAUUUUUGUAUAUUAAUGGACACCCGUCCGCUAGACCACAUAACUACUCCACUGAUGACGCCGGGACUUUAGCUUUUUACAUUUUUCGAUGAUUUCUUCUUUGCAGGAGGGAUAAAGGUUAAAUCUCUUCAACAGCAUCUGGGAUUUGUCCUUUACACAAACACUUUACUCCUGAUAAUGCUUUAUAUGACCUUCUCAAUCGUAUAUGUAAAUAGGAGUUUGCACGUAUUUUGUUGGAAACUUCGUAUCAACUGAGCUACAGUUAUUCGACCUUAAGCUUUCAAUGACUUUCAUAAUGAAUACCUGUCUAAGAAGAAGCUUCAUCACAUAUUUCUCUUCUGAAUUUAUACAGACCUUUAGCAAGGUGUUUCAUGUCCUAAGGAACAGGGGCUAAAUGGAAAGAAACUUUGACGUGCAGUAUGCUUUUUAUUCGCUUAUACUCAAAAAGAAGUUUGCAUAAGGAUGUGACGGUAAAGAGAUGCUGGCAUCAAUAGGGCACCGAAAUCUAUUUGACCCUUUUCACGUGUUAAUAACCUAGACAGAAAAAGUAACGUCCACAGUAAGCAUAACGCUCACUGCUCGUACAUAUAAACCGAUUGUGGUUUUAAAUAUAUCAGCAAGCAUUUCUAAGCAUGAGCAGUCCUUUCACUGAUACGAACCGCCUAAAUUCUUUUGCUAUGCUCACAUUUUAAUACGGUCAUUGCGUUUUAAUAGGCAUGGCAUAAUUUCUCGGUGUGUUCUCUAGCAACGUAUAAUAAGAGCGUUCUACGAUUUCUCGCCAUAGUAUGACCAGUACUACUAACAGUUUCAACGUCAUUGCGAAGAGUGACGCUUGCGGCUCCCUGUGCGAACGUAUUUUGAGAUACGUGUGCAAUCGGGAUGUCAUUUUGCCGUUUGCAAAUAUCUUCUAGUUUGAAAUUCUAUCUUAGCCCCCUUGUAUGUAUUAUGGUCUUAUCGUAUUUUAAAUAUCCCAUUAGAGUUUCAAAAUUAUCAGCGAGCAUUUCUUAAGGGAGAGUUUCUGAUAUAAUUGUAACAGUCACUACGGCCGAACUUGCAUUUUACCAGAAUCUGUGCUGCUACACAUUGAGCUACAUUUCCUUACAAAGUUUUGAGCUUUAGUUUGCCGCUAGGAAAAUCUGUUCUUCUAGCAGAAAUAACUUUUCCAAAACUCUAAGAGUACUAUGCUUAACUUUUUUGUUCCCACCAUACUCAAAAUAAAAAUUGAGCCCAUUCUAAUAGCUAGCGAAUGGAAGACAGAUUUUUUCCCAUAUUAUGACACUGGCGUUAGUAACAACUGGGCAACUAAUCAAAACAGGUGAAUGUCAACGAAACGAUACCUAGACGUAUUUAUUUAAUACAGAACGAAUGAAGGUCAAACAACUAUGCAGAAAUUUCUACACUGAGCCUUUUCCGUGUCUGUUUUCCUGAUUCCAGCCUAGAAGUUUAGGACUCUAUUUUACACACUUUGUGUUAAGUAUAAUUCAGGUAACGUGCAAUUCUAACUGACGUCACGGAAAAAGAAGAGGCGUUUAGACAAAAUUAGGUGCUGCCCACGAAGUUGAAGUUUGGUGGUGCUAACCCUUUGUCAAAAGAAAUAAGUAAUGGCGGGUCAGAUUUCCAGAAUAGAGCCUUUGGUAGGGUAGAGUUACAUCAAAAAGCCUACGUCCAAGACAGUAUGAUGGGCAAUAGGUCAUUUAAGUGCCAGAGUAGGGAUUUAAUCUGACUUUUUGUUCGAAAAGGAGAAAAAUGAAAGCAGUAAGAAUAAGUAUUCGGACAUAAGUUAGCACCUGCUGCUUUAAGGUCAGUGACCCGUGCACUCAGACCUUCGUAGUGAGCACUCAGAACGACACAGUUAUUCAUACUACUUGAGUUAAAGUACCAAGCCCGAGAAAUUCCAAUAUCUAUCCUUUACCGAUCAUUACGAUCGUUUUAGUGCAGUUUAAGCGUCAUAUCAACGAACACAUUAUGGAGUUUUGAGUCGCAGUUACGAACUUAUAGCCACCAACACACCCAGUUAGCUGUAUCAGUAGCACCGGGCCCACGUACGCCAAUCAUCCUUUCCGAUCAUUAACAAUAUUAGAGUUCUUUCGUAAACCUUUUGUAGUUUUAACUAGAUUUUAUCUUAGCCAGAGGUAAAUAGCAUAAGACUGUUCCCAUUAUUAAAAGAGAAAAGUCGUUUCGGCUUGUAAUCAUCAGGCGUGUAGGUUCAAUGGGUCAGAGGUAGUCAAGUAUUGACAUGUGACAGUUGUUUUCACCAGUUCACCCCAAUUUCAUUCUGGGAUGAGAGCCGAUUUCAUCGUGGCACAGAUCUCCAGAUAUAGAGCCCACCUGUAUGAAAAGCUCAUUUUGAAUCAACAGUGCGCCUUCAUGUAUAUUUGAAAUAGCAAUUAAAAAGGAUCAUUUUAGUGUUCCUAUAUUUGCUGGUUAUUUUUUAAACAUAUCUAUUUGCUUGGCCGCUGUAAAUCGGCCUUGUGAAACCAACUGCUGACAGCUCCUUUAUUACUACUGCAAAAUGGCAUAGGCGAGUAUCCUCAUGAUAGUAAUUUCAGGAAUACAGCUACUGACAAUCCAACUCGAGCCAAUCUGGCAUUACGACAUAUAACGAGCAUGCUGGUGUAACAAUAUGACCUUAUGUGUCCUUAUUCGGCUUGCCGAGCCGCUUUGGACAGGUAUCAUCGGGAAAAUCUGUCCAUAUUUUUCCCGAGUUAUUGCUCGUCUCAUCUUUUCCCAUCUAAUUUCCUCAAAAACCCCUCAAUACAAUCAACUGAGCCGAAUAACUGCAUUGACGGGGACCGACAGCUGCUGCGACAUCCGUCUAAUAAGGAGCGGACCGUAGAGAAGGCUUGGUGAUCAACAGUGCGUUGUGACACAUGUCUAUCAAUCCACGGCCCGGGCGGCAGGGCAGAGCAAAAGAAAUUGCCCUGAUCCCAUCCUCGCGGCAGUUCUCCCCAGCUGUAGCCAACUUGGCAACCAGCGCUUCGGCAAGCUUUGGGCAUUUUUUCGAGCCGGCGGUCGGAGCGCGGCUGGAAUUACGACCUUCGCACACCUGCACACGCUUUGGCCUUCAGUGGCCAGGCAUGGCAGCUGGCAGCGAUGGGCAGACAGCAACCAUGCCGGCCCGAGUCUGUCAGAUUUUUCUGGCGCAGGCGGUGUGCGAAAGUUCAGCAGGAAGCGGAGGCAGUCUGAUACUAGAGAGCUUGCUAGACACAAUGGCCACAAGCUGAAAUGCGAAUAGAAUCAUUACGUUUUCUUUUAACGCUAGUCCUUCCAUUCGCAUUCUGACCUCAGGACUUUGAGAAAAGCAACCUAAACCUAAAGUGAUGAGGACUGCGUGGUGCGAUUGUCGUAGGCCAAAAGGAGUAUCUGUUAAUUUUUUUCUCCUAGACCAGAUUACUAGAAUAUAUGGUUUGGUGUCAUUGCACGCCCGUUGCAGCCAGUUAUACGCACGAAAGUAAGGCAAUUUUUUUCUAAGGUAGGCUUACGUCGUCUUAAGAAAAGUAUACUUAUCUAAGGUAGUUCUCUGUAUGCUGGGGUCUCAUGAUAUUAUCGAGUGGACAUUAAAAGAUGUGCCGAAAUGUGCUAGGUCAUUUAUUGCGCCUAAGAGAGAGAAGUGAUAAAUUCUCUUAGGCCUAUGAUAGACACUUUUUGCGUACAUUAUGUCGACAGAUUUGUUUUCAAAAAUUUUGAAAUAGCUUGCUCUCUGCGGCAGGGAUUGUAACAUUUUCACUAAAAUUGUGAAGUUGUCACUAAGCGUGUGAGUCAGCAAAUGUAGGUUUUCCAGUACUUAAAUGCGAGGCAAGAUUCUUAAAGAUAAACCAUCACGUUUGCUUGCAAGUUCACUGACGCUCAGUGUUAUGAGGCAUCCAACUACGAUUAAAUAUUUAAAUGCCUCGACUAUUUUUCCACGAGUUAUGAAGCUCGGUCAUGUUUAUUGGCUGGGGAUUCGUAGAUGAGUGAAAAUGAAUAUAAUCAUAAAAGCUUUCUCAGAAAUAUCUAUUUGAAAUCUGUUUAAACUGGCAGACUCUGUUUGUAAGAUCCUCCAGUAAUUAAGCAUGUUCUGGUUGGGUGUCAACCCACAGUCGACGAUGAAAAUAUUCUAUAAAAGAAAAGGAGAGUUUCGGCUCGUAAGCGUCCAGAAACUUUUACCGUGAACCGACAUCGGAUCGCAGAUGCUGGAAAGGGACCUUGCAUACUUGUCCACUGCGCACUCGGUUUCGCACCUGCCGGUUGUGCCUACUAGUUAAUAUUGCCUAAAAUUAGGGGCGAAUUUUAUGAUUUAAAACAACGGUUCUACUAAUAUUGCUGGGUGAACUGGUUGUCCACAGAGGAUUUCUACCUGGGGUAGACCUCAGUAACCUUCCAGUGCAAAUCAAGAUGUAAGGAAUUCUGAUUAAUUAUCUUUCUUGACGCGCGUACUUUUGGUAUCUCAGAGAGCUGUGCGGAGCACAAGGCAAAAUUUCGGAUGAUUAAUAGUCUGAUAUUUUAUGCCUCUUCGGGUUUCCUAUGCAUGCCUUAAAUUUACAUAAGCCAAUAUUCUAGAUAUUCAGACUGCCAGACCUACCGAGGAUUUCUUGCAAUACUAUGUUCUCCCCCAAAGAUGAUUUUGUCUCAUGUUAGAUGAUCAUGUUCAUUUUUACGGAAGCACAGUCAAAAGAUGUAGAUGCCAGCAAAUUUUGUUACAGCUGCUCCUGUGCCUUUUGCGGUAUAGCAGACUUUGGUAGUGAAGACUUUAGAUUUAAUUGCCCUUAUUCGAAUUCUUUUUACCAUUGCGAGCAGCGAAUUCAGAAUGUCAACAUUACUGUCUUUUAGGACUUUGAUUGCUCGCGAGUGCCAGGUUUUUACUUAGCAGUCCCCCUUGUCGAGCACAACGAUGAAUCUGCAGAAUAACCAAUUCAGUCGUCGUCCUUAUCUCUUUAAGUGCCUUUUGAGCUUCUGUUAGUAACGCGUGAGUUUUAUGGUGUUACAUGGGCGGCGAGAUGACGUAAGGUAAACUUAGAUCUUCCGGCUCAUUGAUGUUGGAGGUGCUUCUCGAAAAGCCCCCUAAAGCGCAAACCUGAAUUAUUGAUACACUACGAUUUGGAACGCAUUACAGCACACCAGACAAUUAAGGGGCUCAGCCACUGCGCCUUCAUAGUUUCUUUACGAACAAUGGAUACCCACAUCAUUUUAUUGAACAAAGCAGGCAGCGAGCGAAAAGGAGACAGCUAAUGCAGCAGCAACUCGAAAUCUGACGAACCACUAUCUACCUUAAGACGCGUUGCAACUUAUCGACGCAUCGACAGUUGCCUAUAUUGCAAUAUUGGGGACAGCAAAUGCAUUAGGGAAAUCAGACGGAAAUUGCAGAGGCACCUACAGGUGCGCAAAUUAACAAUUCGGAGUGCAGAGUAAGACUCGCAACUUGCAAUGUGCAGUCGAGAAUUAAGGCCUUUUUGUCCUCUGGAAAACGAGUACCUUAAUUCGAGGUAGCUCAAUGACAGAGCGGUUAACAAAUGAAACGUAGUUCUUUGAUUUCGAUUCUAUCGAGAAGCAUGCUGACCUUUCUCUGGCUUAUAAAUUUGUACGUCAUUGCGCACACAAAAGUAAGUACAAAAUCACUAUACUUAACUUAAUAAAACCGACAAGAUAUUGGCCGACAACGAGUUUCCGUGACAUGAGAGUGGCCGAGCCACUUAACUAGCCUUAACCAUCCUCUUCGACUCAACUACCAAUGUAUGCAGUUGUCGAACUCACAGAGACCGCUUAAGUCGUAGGCGUAUCCCUGUCGCUACGACCCUCAGGCCCAGUCUCGAGUAGGAAGAGCAGCAAUUAGGUGACUUUGGCUGUGAUACGAUGAGCAUAGUACAUUUCUUUAACAAUAGAGAAGCUCCUAAAGUGUUGACAUGACUUUUCCAAAGGCAUUGAUCAAGAGUUUGGCACCCAUGUUGCUCAGAAAUUAACCUGUUUUAUAAUAUGCACGUUCUGUUUUCGCUUGUUGCGGCAUAGAUUUUAAUAUUUACCACGGACUAUAGUUUCAGCUCAUUCUCCAGAAGAAUCGUUCUUGCACCGUUGACAUUGCAAUUACAACAUAAAUAAAAAUUAAGUCGAUGAGCAAAACCCCAAGUUCAUUUGAGUUACAAGUGACCCUCAAGUAUGACCAAUUACGUGCGAUGUGCUCUAUCUUACCUGAAUGGCCAACGGCCGAACUGUACUUCAGAACAUUUCAAUGUGCAGUGAUUCUUUCUCCACCACUUAGACCGUGCCCUAUUAGUUUUACCCCUCCUGACCUCACACAUGUGUAACUCUAUGUAUAUUGCAAAAACGGAUAGUUUCAAAUGGUGUAGGGUACCCUCUGUCUACAAUCUCUGUAAACUCUGCAUCUCUAGUGCCUCUAUCGGCCAAGAGGCUAGUCGAAAUGCCACUCUGCAAUCCAGUCAGCAAACAUUUGGACGGCUCUAAUUUACGAUAUAAAGCUUUUGCAAUUCUCCCUUACAAUAAAAACCGUCAUAUCUCGGUCUACCAUCAGAGCAGUUGCAUGCUUCACUCCUCCACCAAUGUUACUGGAAUGAGUCGCAUUCUUGUUAAACUCUGCAAUCAUGCCCAUGUAAAUAUUGAAGAGGUCAAACUCGGCAAACUUUUGUCUUUGAUUAUUCCUCGUCAGGCCUACAGAACAGUCUAAGUUACGGAAGAGCAGCAAAACUCGAAAACAGCCAAUCAACAGCAGUCAUGAUGGAAUGGGGGUUGAGGGCGUUAAGGCACGUCACACCUAGGAGUAAUCGCAGAAAGGGUCGUGGAAGGAGGGAGAAGGGGAAGGAAAUCUGCCAACGAAUAAUGCCUGCCUUGAAGAAGGAGAGAAGAUCGCCAGGACAAGAGCUUUACUAGCCUUACGUUUCAGAUUCCUACUCGAAUCCAUCAUCAGAUACAAAAAAGCAGAAACGGGUGGUUGUUGCACAAGGAACUGCGGUAUUUAUAGGAUGCAGUAGCUAUGCUACCGCAUACCUAUGAACAUUCACGGCUCCCCCCUUCAUCCGGGAUUGUUACACUUGGUGUGAUCAUUGCUUGAUGGCCGACAUUCGAGUCGAUAAUUGCUGCAAUUUCAUCACGUGCGUUGGUUGUUGGCGUGAUGAUUGCUCGACCAUCUGACGCACCGACCCGGGUGUUGGGAUAAGUGUUCACCUCUGCCCUCCCCGCAUGGCUUGUUACUCUGCCUAGGCGAAGUUUAGCACGGAGUAUGGAAUGGGAAGCUCGUUGCACUUGUUGAUAGACUGGGGGCCAGUAAACCAUGAUUCCAGUAGCUCCCGGCUCACGCGGUUGUCAGAUCUUGCGAGAAUUUCGGCCUCAUCGAAUUUGAAUGUGUGGCCGAAUCUCGUCGAAUGGGCCGCAACUUGAGAGCUGGCGUCAUUUCUGCGCACCGCUGCCGCGUGUUCGGCCAUUCUCGUUCGGAGCUGUCUUCCGGUUUCUCCGACGUAGUUGCUUUGUCCGCAACUGCACCAGAUCCGAUAAACGACUCCAGACGUUUCUAGCCGUGGCAGUGGGUCUUUCGGUUUCAUGAUCAGACGCCUGAUGGUUGCCUCCGGUCUGUGUGCCAUUCCAAUCCCAAGUGGUGCGAGAAGGCGGCCGACAGCUUCCGAAACGUUCUUGACAUACGGAAGUGCCCGCCAAGACUUGGUGUCCGUGCGGUUAGGCCUUUCGUCCCUUUUGCGUAUGCACCGGUCGACGAAGUUGCGCGGGUAGCCAGUGGCUUAGAAGACCCGUCGGAGGUAUUGUAGUUCAGCAAUUUUGUCUUUUGGCUCACUGCAGUGCGUUUCGACACGACGAUAGAGCGUCCUUACACAACUGCGUUUGUGGCUGAUUGGGUGGUUACUGUUGAAGUUCAGUACUUGCAUCGUAUUUGUCGCUUUCCUGAACACUUUGGUUUUUAGUUCACCACGCACGUGAUGAAAUUGCAGCAAUUAUCGACUCGAAUGCCGGCCAUCAAGCAAUGAUCAUACCAAGUGCGACGAUCCCGGAUAAAGGGGGGAGCCGUGAAUGUUCAUAGGUAUGCGGUAUCAUGGCUACUGCCUCCUUUAAAUACCGCAGCCCCUUGUGCAACAACCACCCGUUUCUGCUUUUUUGUCUCUGAUGAUGGAUUCGAGUAGGAAUCCGAAACGUCAGGCUAGUAAAGCUCUUGUCCCGGCGAUCGUGUCUCCUUCUUCAAGACUACUUCCUGGGACUCGUCUCUUCGCGUCUAUUGAAUAAUGCCUGAGUUUCGUCAGUACAAUCACUGACAUGUCUGACUGUACCCCGUUCCCAUAUAAUUGUACUGGUCUGAAGAGGAUUUAUGAAAGCAACGUGUACACGCCAACUCGUCUUCUGAAUGCUACUAUGGGAAUUUUCGCAACCCCAAUGUCAUUGUCCACACAACAGCAACUGAAGGCGCAGAUGUACAUCGAAGAGGUCUAAAAGAGCAGCCUAUCUUUACCUGUGAGGCGAUAAAGCGGAGUACUUGGCGGCUGGAUACGUAAGCGCAAUAGCACAGUUCCGACGACUUUGCAGAAAGUCGUUGAUCAGGUAUCCUCAAACGGUAAUGCGAAGAAAACCUCCUUCAUUUUAGUCAUCGGCACUCCGUUUUUUGGCGGACGUUCUUGAUUUUAUCUCGUGGUACAUAUAUUCUGGAAGUCAUUUUCUAGUGGAGUGCCUCUUAUAAAUGCCUGUUUGUUCCGCUGUGUAUCCGCUGUACGUCCUCUCUUAGCUCGGUAGGUUACGAAGAGGACGGAGUUGCAUUUCUGACUUAGAGGGAUUGAACUGUAGAAAUUUCUAUAUUGGCCUGCCCACGUUUUCUUGCGAAAUACACCUCUACAAAUUGUUUCUUCAGAGAUCCAGAAAAGGAAGAUAUUCUCUCUCCUUCCUCACAAGGAACGUUGUGGCUGCAUGGUCAAACCAACCCCAUUCGUUAUCAAAAAUGUCAUCAAAAUAUCGAGAAGAUGAGCUGAGCAUUUUAGGACUGAAUAUGGUCUAUCCUUCUAGUUUUCCUGUGGACACGUGCGCUAGAAGGGGCGCAGGAGGUGGUUCAUCGCUAAGUCGUCGACAUGGCGGUAAAAUCGGCCAUCGAAUCUGAAUCGAGUAUUCUGUGUAUAGCGAAUGAGAAACUCCUUUGGGACCGCAACCGGUGCAUCAAGUGGAAAAUCCUGACCAACAGUCUCAUCACAAAUAAUCAAUUGUAUUCAUGAGGAGACUGUUGGUUAACGACUGCGAAACAUCUAAAGAUAGCGCUAAUUUAUUUCUGGGGUUUGUCUCUAUAACGCAAGUUAUGGAUCAAAAAGUCCCGGUAGUCUGUGUUGUGUUGCUUUGUCUCGAGUCGGCUUAAGUCUUUCGGUCAACCACGCUGCAGUUAUGUGGUAAAAUAAAUUGCCCACGUCUAGUAUUAGCCGCAUGGAAAGGUAGGAUUUGUGAAUCGUUGACAAACCAGACAACCUUGGAUGCUUGUGCUGGUGGGCUCGUGAGAAUCGAAUUUUACUUUAGUAAAGGAACCUUGGUUUUUUCAUUUUCCGGAGAUGUGUUGCAAGCAAAACUUUUAUAAAUUCGGCUUGAUUCUUUCGAACCUAGUCUAAUCAGCUAGGACUGACUCGAUGUUCGAUAUACAAGCAUUUUUGGUAGAAUGAUCAGGUUAGAAAUUGAAAAAUUUCUUUAGAGUAUCUCAUUUUGCAUCUGUACCUUUAGAACUUCAAUAUGCUCUGCUUUGGAACUGUGUUCUCUUUCGGUUGUCGGAAGAUGCUUUCUAUUCUAAAUAAACAGAAAGUUAAAUUUUCGUUCCAAUUAGCUCGUUUGUCCUACUGAAAUGUGAACUUAUCUAAAGGCAAAUUGAGAAUCCUCUAAAUUCUCCUCAGCCAGCCCAUACUAGCAUUCGCUUUUGUCCAUAUCAAAAAUGGUAAACUAAUCAACAGAAUUUUAAUGGUAACUACGGCCAAAAUAUCCUCACUUUCGGGAAAUAUUGUUGCAGUUUUUAACAUGCGGUUUCUUUACCCCAGGUUCAUAUUUGCGCGAAAUUCUACACACAUGACUUUCAGCAUUAAGGCCCUUCUUAUUUUAGUAGCAAAAGUAGUCAGAAUUAUUCUGUUUUCUUUCUACAGUUUUCUCGGAACUGACUGUGCACCAUGUCAAGCUGAGAGGGAAGCCACCCUACUAAGCAAUGGAGGCAAACCCGGUCAAACACAACCCUUUGCUUGGGGCAACAGAGUCAUUAGUGAAGGCUGUACAGAUACCUGUUUACCAUGCAGAAACCAGAAUUCCGAUGCAGAAUCACAAGUCAGUUAUCUUGUUGCACUCUUCCAGGCGUUGAAGGCCUCCGGCGUACAUGCUGAUUCCUUCAGCAGCGCCCUAUGUCGACUGGGCAUCACGGCAGGCGAGAAAGGUAUGACAAUUGUAGACACUCCCUAAAUGCCUAUUUGUCAGUAUCCAAUGUAAAAACUAUUGUGCAGCGUCACAACACACCAGAAAUCUGCACUCGCUUACAAUCAUAAGACAAAUAAAAGAGUCUACAAGUAUUGCAUCUCAAUUUCGUGCAGGCGGGACACGAGCAAAAAACGCGAUGCAGGAAGCAGGUGAAAAGGAGGGAGCUCCUUCGUAGGGACACGUUGGCACCCUUCGCCUCGGAUUCACUCUAGAACCCAUCAUGACCGACAGCGACAGAAAACGGUGUUGGAGCCAAAAGGAUUGCCCUCUGCAUACUCAGUAAUGGCUACUUAGACAAAAUCUACCGAAUGCGGCACUUGCUCCAUUCAUCUCAGUUGCUUCCAAUUGGUGUAAUAGUGACUUGGUCAGCGGCACCUGGCUUGCUACUUGCCGCGAUUUUGCCACGGCUGUUGGUAAUUACCAUCAUGGUAACUCCGCGGUUUGAUUGGCCAGUAUAGUCACUGAAAACAGUGUUCAUUCUGGUGCCCCACAAGUGACUGGUACAUAGGAAGGUGUCAUUGCGUUUGCUAACGGAAUACGGGCCAGAGAAUCGCAACUUAAGCGAUUGUCACAUCUCAUCAAGUCUGGAAGUGGAACUGAAAUUCAUGCAUGAUCUGACAACCGCUUAAGUCACGGGGUGAUUGAAUUGCGGUUCUCCUGUUCAGAGUCCGUUGAGGUAAUGAGGUCCGUAAGUGAUAAUUACUAAGACGGCAGAGUUGUUACUUGAAGAGUGCCCGAAUGAGCACUGUUUUCAAUGACUACACCGGUAAACCGAGCUGCGGAGUUAUCGUUACGACACCCAUCAACAGCGGCGGUGAAAUUGUGGCAAGUGCUAAUUCAUAUGCGGACGACCAGGCCGUUGUCGAACCAAGUGAAAAUAUUUACGAUGAAUGAAACAAAUAGUAGAUUUUGGUUGUGUAAUCACUAGGGCCUACUAAUGGGACAGCACGUUUUUUCCGAUACCAUUUAUCUUUUACUGUCUAUCCUGGGGCAUUCGAUAGUGGAUCAGAGAUUAUAUGCGUAACUAUUUAUUAAACAUACAUGAGUCCACGAUUUUCCUGACUUAAGAUGACUUAUACAAGGUAGGACGUUCAUGAAAUUGCUUUUAAAUAUACGCCUGCAUUUCACAGCAUACAAAAUUGCUGCCAUGCAGCUUCCACUGCACGCCCACUUAACUGACCUCCAAAACUUUAUCCCUGAGGCUUUGAUGAAAAAUUGGGUUAUUUUAUUUUAUUGAAUUCUUUUUCUUUUUUGCCUUGUUGUGAUACCCUAGCAAUUUACUCACCUCCUUUGUUAUGUAACGCUUCCAAAGCAGCGCAUAGGCAUACACAUAUUUGUUCUAAUCAGGCAGCAAACUUUGAAAAAGAAAUAGGAGAAACGGCAGUCUGCAGGAUUGGAAUGAUGUCGGGUUAACUUUUUUGGUAUUUCUUACGCUGACAGUCGUUUUUUGAAGUUUGUGCACGAAGCAAAUCGAAAGCAUCAAUAAAAGUAUUAAUAAUAUCGAAAGAGGAGGAGGCGUUCACCGGGAGAGCUUUAUUAGGGGUCUGACAUUCCAAAUAGUUAUUUCGCCUACUCAUCUCCAGCGGCCAUGAAAUCAAGCGCGCAGCCCUACUUGUGUGGCGCGGGCCGCCAAUGCUGCCUGUCUGGCUGCACCCGACCCGCAUGUCACCGUGACCUGAAUCGCCCCCCCUCGUUGAUCUCAGUGUUGUUGACGGCCCCGGUUGUCCCGCGCCUUUUUGUCCCCCGUCAAGAAGCUUCGUAAAACCAGAAAGGGAGCAUUGACAGAGCAGCCGGUGGAGAUCGAGGCUUCUUGAACCUACCUUGCUAUAUGAUCAUCGCCUCGGCCUACGAUCUCAACGGCGUCAAAGUUGAAAAUGUGUCUCAUUUACGCGGCAUGGGUUGCUACCUCCGACUUUGGAGCUAGCCUUCUUACAGCCUACUUAUGUGCGUACAUUCGCGUUUAUGGACGUCGGCCGGUUUCCCAACUUAGUUGCACAUUCUGCAGCUGCACUGGAGUCGGCAGACAACGGCGGACAUUCACUUAGGGAUAGGGACUUUUGGCCGUAUCAUAUGCCGGCGGAUCAUUGAGUCAGGCCUGUGAGCAACUCUUUUUCCGAGUGGCGCGAGUGAUCUAGCCAUCUGAAGCAGUAAUUAGGCAAACUGCGAAAUAAAAGAGGGUUGAGGACACAACGUUUAAUUUGUUUUAAAGCGACAUCGUAAAUCCCACGGAACGUACAGAACGUAGUUUCAGUUUACAAACCAGGCGUUAAAAGCCGCAUCGAACUUAGCAGAUAAAACAGGGGAAUAUGAUUAGAAGACAAUGAUAGUAUUUCAAGUUUUGUCGCAACUCCGAAUCGUCCCAGACUGCUAUUUCAUAGCUUUCUUAAAUGCACAUCAUGCUAUACGUUUAAAGAUAUUAAAUCCGUGAUAGGCUGCUUGCACUUAAGUGCCAUUAGGGUCUUCUUAUGACUAACGUGCCAUUUAAGUGUAGAUAUCUGAGCUACUGUAAUCUUGCCUACAGAAAAAAAGUAGUUUUUCAUUGUUCCGUAGCACUAGUUGGAAAAUUAAUUGUAGCCUGUGAGAGACUGACGAACCAGUGCUUUUGACCUUAUCUCGUUUCAUUUCUCUGGCCAGUAAAUGUUGGUUUAUGAGUGGCGGGAUAUUUUAAAAGAGAUCUAAUUAUUUUUACAGUGACGAUAGCUGGUCGUUAAUUUUCAGAUAAAAUCCAACAAUUAUGAAGGCCGCAGUAAAACUGAUCGUAGCCUAGAGCUUGUCGAUAGGCACUUACGAUCAUGUACGCAAAAUGGCCUAAUGCAAAGGAAGUAUUACAUUAAUGGUCAUGUCAGAAACGGUAAGUGUAUCUAAAAAUAAAUAACCACUUAUGAGUGACGAUUUCAGUUAGCGGCCAUAUAAAGUAAGGGGUUCAGUAGAGCGUCAUAGCUUAGAAAACCUUUGUUUCCUCCUUGAAACACGUUAAAAUACAAAACAGAUAAGGAUAAGUACAAUAAUUAUUUUUAUCACUGUGACCUGGGUAAUGUGUACCCGAUGUUUGAUUUGUGUUUUGUAAACCUCUGUCAUAGAGCCCUAGGCGCAUCGAAUUUUUUGCUUGCGCUGUUCGUUUAAGUUACUUCCACAAAAAAAUCUGAGAAACGCAUAAACGCCUUUCUAAGAAGCAUGGAUAUUUAGAUAAUUUACCCCGGUAAUUUUCCUCCUGACAGUUGUAUCACUCGUCGACACUUGUAUAGGAGGACAAAGUGAGCCGCCUAUAUGAAGUGAGACAGGAAUAUUAAAACAUAUAAACACUCGGUGUUAAGUUCAAACUUUAAAAAAUAUAGCAACAUCUCAGGUAUGCAUUAUCAGUUCUUUCCAUAUUUCAGAUGACCAAAGACGACUUUCUACUCAGUUAAAAAGUGAAAUUGAGUCAAUUCGCUCUUCCCUUUCCGAAGUCAAGCAAAAGUGUUAUGGCUUACGAAACUUUAUUAGCCAGGAGACCCAGGCCUUUGAACGACAACUUGCGGUAUGUGCCUUACUGUAUGUGCCUUACUGCAUUCUGGACAAAUAGGAUAUAAGCAUCUAAAAACCUUCUUUGCUUAAGGUAAAACUUUGAUCCCCAAAAAUGCCUUAGUAGGUCAUAAUAACUUCGUACAGGUUCCAAAAAGACCGGUUUCUAAUUUUAAACCUCUGCUUUAAGAAGGGGGGCAAGGGAAAACAUGCAAAGCAGGGUUUGUGAGAUGGUGCGACGUGAGUCUUGCAAAUUAUUGCUUUGUUUCUUUGGAUUGUCGCAAAGCCUAGAGUAUGAAGAUCAUAUUUUCGGUCUCACCAUAUCCUUUCGAAACCGCACUUCUGAUUUCAGCAACAUUUAUUGCAGGUACAACUAAGGAAGUAUGAUAAAAAGAAGGGUCUGCGUCUCGUUCAGCCCUUCUUUGAUGCUCGCAUGCAGAGGGUGCGAUCCGACAGGCAAGCCCUAGAUAAUGCUUUGGCUGCAUACCAAACGACCUGGUCCUCCCUGAUUGGCCAACUUGCUGACUUGGAAGGGGUGAUUGAGGAGACCGGGAAUGAUGUCUUGAGGGGCAGAUGCCGUAUAACUCUGCCUAUAGUCAGCGCCCUCGAAGAAAGGCUUCAUCUGGCCAUCUCCGCAAUUGAGUUUUGCUGUGGUAAGUUAUCAUUCUCUACGAGGACGAGUACUCAAUACUUCUACGUCUUUGCUCCCCGUACAGAGAUGUAGAUCUAGUUGUUUGUAUUUUCGGAGAAACAAAAAUAGCCAAAUUAUUGUGAAUAUUUAAAAUUCUUAAUUUCGUCAAUAAAAGGCCGAUGUGAAGGCAAGAUGUGAAGGCGAUAAUGAGUUCUGCAUAACUGAAUGUCUCAGAGGAACAACGUUUUUCUAAUGUCGAACGACUGUAGAGCAUUGAUCAUUGAAAACAUUUCGCUAAUAUGAUCAGUGUUUUCAUUUUAGAAAACGAUCCGUUGUUGCGUAAGUCAGUCUGGCAGCAAGCAGAAAAUGAAUGGAAUUCUGCCGAGUAUGAAACGAGGUCAGUCUCAGCUUAGCACACAGUAUUCCUGUUUGCCGGUCGUAAUAACUUCAAAAUUUUUCCUCCAAGGAAUAACUGCAACCGGUCUAAUGUUUGUUCUAAUAUUCACCAAACGGGAUAAAAAAUGCAGAAAAUGUGUGGCUGUUUUACUUAAGAUUAAUGUUCAUGUUUCGCAUUGCUUGAGAACUUUUGCCCAGAAAGAUAGAAUAAGAACGAUCGCAGUAUUUUAUUGAAAUAAAAUCCUUGCAUUUUAGCUUGAAAUGCAAAGUUGGUACGGUAAAAAGAGUGUUUUACGAUGGGUGACUUAUACCGUUUAAUCCCGCUACUCUCAGAUUGUCCCAAUAUACCCUCACGAGCGUUUAAUAUCCAAUGAAUUUUCCAAAAUUUCAGAAUCAACUUUAUGGGAAUCGAUAUGCCGUGGUUUCUGGCUAUGUCAGCGCCAGAAGGUUAUUCAGAUUAGUACAAAUACGUUGGUGGUGAAAAUUACAGAUAUUUAAAUAACAUUUUUAAUCUCACGUUCUCGUCUGAAUAACUGAGGUUGACCAAGGGCCAUCAAACUGCCACCCCAUGUCUUGUCAGCCUGAACUCAGGAAAACCAUGUAAGACUUUAUCGAGCUACAGACAACAAUGUGUAAUAAUUCGAUUGACGUGGCGUAGAUUGAUUGCUGGUCUAAGCAUGUGGCAAAAUAUAUUUUAGUGUUCAUCAGUAGUCAUAGCAUGCAGACUUGGUGAAUUUUUUGGGAGCGAAGAAAUUAUUGCAAGCUUGACUUAUUAUCAGACUCGGCAACAAAGCACUGAACAUCUCAUCACUCCCUUUUGGUAUGCAGCUGUCUAUUUUCAAAAGUACAAAUUUUCAUCCGACAUGUUUGGCAGUACCGCCCAACUAAACUCUUCUGAAGCUCCAGCCUGUUGUUUACUUACCCGUCUUGAAUAUUUUCAAAUAAGCGCAACGGAUUUUCUUCAUCAUAACCACUGAUUCACUGAUCGUUCUUGCAAUAGGACAUUGGAGGAACAACUUGAUCAGCUGUCAGAUUUGAAGGAACGCAGUUCGAAACUGAACGGAACAAUUUCCACGCUUAAAAGGUGGGGUGAGGCGUCUUUGUCUUUAUACACACCUACUGUGCAAUCCCUUCCCCAACUGUGAAUGCUGCUCAGAAUUCUUAUUGAAAACUGCAUUCUUAAUUAUCAAGGACAAGGCAGCAUUAUGUCUUUAGUUUCAUUGAAGCUCAUUUUUUGAAAAAAUGAAAAUACAACCCAGCAAUCCACCUCCUUUGUCAUUGUUGAAUAAUCUCAGUGCUCCAUGACAGUAUUUUACUAGGGAAUUAUGUGACAACUGACGUGAGUGAUGACCAUGGCGAGUCCUUUGAAAUGUAUCAUACCCUGCGACAGGUCACUCUGCACAUAGUUUAUCCAACAGAAGCGGCCUAAGUUAUAUUUGGUUUCAGUUUGAGAGCGUAUGAAAAAAGGUAAACAACGUUCUAAGAAACGAUUUGAACCUCUUCGGGGCGACCUCUAGUGCAGCGAAUAUUCAAUCUGUCAGUCAGGGUACAUCGAUCCGCCGCGUCUUACUGACCUUGCAUAUCGCUGAUUCACAUGCAUGUUAGAGGCAUCGUCAGUCUUUAGUACUAUAUGUUUCAUAUCGUUUAAGUUACGCACACAAAACAGGAACUUCCAGUUUGCGAAUAAAAUUUUGACGUUCUGUGUCUCUUUCACUUGUACUGCUUUUCUGCAUAUAUAUUUCCUCUCAAGUGAUUUGAAAACUAAAAAUCUGAAAAAAGAUUUAUAAAGCAAAUGACGCCUGUUAUUUUUCAAGUUGUCAAAUGAUCUUAAUUUUCGGGUGUAAAUGACCUAAGAAGGCAAAUCAGGAUUUAUGUAAGGGAAGAAUUUAUCAUCAUGAUAACCACUCGCGUCUUGUUUGGUUUAGCUGUCAAUAUCAAUUUUUCAAAUAUCACAAUAAGUUACGAAAUGUACUUAACUACCAUCGGGUAACCAACUCAAAUUUAGGAUUGAAUAGAAAAAAUUUCGUCAUCUAUCAGUAAUCAGGUCCUCUGAGAUCAACCUCAGUGCUCUUAGUAUGUCUUAGUGUAGGAGAAACGACGUGACCAUUUUCUCGAACUGUCUCUAAACCGGCAGAAAUAUUCGAAAUAAUCAUUCAACCGGUAGAUCCUUCGCCUUUUAUUUAAACAGGCUGGCAAAGGUCAAUGCAAACACCAGAAACAGCGAACAACACUUACAGCGCCUGCGGUCCCUCGGCGGUGUGCUGAAUCCAGGCGCCGCAAAUAGUGGGAGCGCAGAACGCAAGCGUCUGCUUUCUACUAUAAAGCUCCUUCAGCCGGACCACGAAGAACGAAUGCGAAGUAUUGAGGUGAGUUACAACUGCGCCCACGUCUUGUCUUGUCAUGAAAGUAGCAAACUAAAAGCACCUGACAGCGUUCCUAAUUCCUCUUCUCAUCAGUGUACACAUUGAAAAAUAACUGACGAUAUCGUCAUAGGCAUGAUUGGCAAAGAUAGCUGCAUGCCAGUUCUGACCUGUAUGACGCAACACAGCGGUUUGCGAGAGGAGCCGAGGUUUAAAAUCGGGAGCAGAUAGCCGUAGAACCAGGCGUUCCAGCUCCUGACUAACAGGCUCACACAUUCUUGGCUAGACGAUCGUUUCCAAAGGACUCUAGACCGUAACGCCAAUUUUUAUCAUCUCCUGCCAUGAGGAUAGAUCAGCCAGUUUCAUUCUUAUUCGAAUUUGAUAAAUUUUGCUUGGUAUUUUGUACUUAACCAGCCAUCACCUUCCCAUCCUCUUGCUGUGGCUAUACAAAUAGAUAAUACGCAAUUGUUCCAAAAUUUACAAUAAAAAACAUGCUAACAAACACCAUGAAUGCAAGCCCGAUCGUUAAUUACUAUACUAGAAGCAAAGGUUGUGUUACAUUGGUUGAUUUUUUUCAAGUUCUGAAUGCACUUCGCCAGUGCCAAUACAUUUCGUGAUAGUCCUACCGGCGCAAAUUUAUAAAUCCCACUUUUUAAGCUUUGCUCACAGCGACUCUUUUCUGACUUUGCAUGUGAGCAUCUUCCGCACUCCUUGUGCCAAUUAUGUCUAGAACGUCGAAUAUCAACCCAACGCCCAGUCUCGAGUAGGAGAGAAAUAUCCGAAAUGGAUCGACCUCACUCUCUCUUCCCCGCCCACGCACCAUUGGCUUGUCCGACAGGAGUCGACUAGAACGAAAAUAAGCGUAAUAACUUAAGUAAUUUAAAGUCACCCUCUAUCACAUAUUACAAUUUGACUUCGAACAGCGAAGCUAAAUUGAUAUGAAAUACAUAUUUAGAAGGAGCCAUUGCGACCCUGCCCGCAGUCCUGUGUAAGAUCGACAUAUUCCGCAAGCCUAUAACACUUCAAGCAACGACGUACAAGUGGAGGCGACAGAUUCGAGUGUGACAGGUUUUCUGGUGACAAAUACGUCAAUCUGUCAUGAGGAUGUGUUUCCCAGCAUCAGUCUUACUCUCUCGUCCUCCUCUCAUGCACUAGUCGACCUUUCGAGUUACUCAGCAUACCGGUAGUGAAAAUGAGUGGAAUGAAGACCACUGUCUGGCGCGUGUCAUACGCAUGCGCGACAACAGUUGCUAGUUCGUGCAGACUGGUUGUAACCCGGUAAACGACUGCUGUGGACCGCUGUUGCCUCCUUUUUGGUUCAGUGCGCCUGCGGCCCAGUAUAGCUGUGGACGAGGCAGAUCACUUGCACGUGACGACCCGCUAUCCGAAAACAUUUUCUACUUAAAUGUAUUAAGUAGACCUUUAUACUUGGAACAAUAAAAUGUGGCUGCCUUUCUGUCAUAUUUCCUGAAAAACAGUUUAACGGUCAAAUGCGGAGGCAGCUGUAAGUCGACUCUGCCCUACUCACCUGCCCUCCUUAUUGCCAUCGACCGAGAAUCUCAGUUUCUGCAUGACUACGGGCCUUCUUUGGCGUUAAAAGGUGACAUAGUAAGGUAAUUAUUACUUGGCGCACACGUGCAUAUAGGGGCAUGGUAAUUUUAGAGGGCAAUACAGUAUGACUUAUUCAGAUCUUCAGAAGUUCUGGGGCAAGACAAUACAUUUAAAAACUUAUGGGAUAACGAACUCUAUCAUAAUCUAGGAGCAGUUUUAUAUACUUCGCAUUUGUGUGAAACAGGUGCUUUAGCCUCUUCGCGCGCAGAAUGUUCCAUUAACAGCGUGUGCACGUUGGAAGCGAUCUGGUAUUAGUGUUAUGGCUCAGAGGCACUUGAGACCGGCGAGCUGCGCUUUUGCUCUGAGAGCGUCGAUGCGGUUGAUCCUGCAGAUUGCCGUUCCAGGCUUAACUGUUCUUCUCAAGGCCGGUCGAUCCUUGGUGGGGUACUCCCAGGUCAACGAAUUGAUUUGUAGAUCCUUAACCGAGGUCUGUAGGCUGUCCUUGUGGCGUCGUUAUUGUCUGCCUUGUCGGCGAGCAUUCGCAACGACGUCACCGUCGAAACGUCGUUUUAGUGAGCGUUUGUUGUCCAUGCUCAUGAGGUGUCCGCUCCAUCGCAGUUGCGGUAGCCCUAACGUAUGUGGGUUCUGAGGAUUCCUGUCUGUUCCAAUACUUCCUUUCCCGGGUUCCUGUGCGCCAUCUCAUCUUUAGUAUUUGGCGAAGACAGCCGAGGGAGGAAGUGAUUGCGUUUCGUGACUUUAUUGACGUAGAUGGUCCAUGUCUUUGCCCCGCAUGGUACCGAUGUUAGGACUACUGCCCUGUACGGUUCGAGCUCCGUGACGGUUUCAGAAGGAAACUUGCAUCCGACAGAAGGUGUGUUUGUUUGGUCUAAGAUCUAGCGAUUAAUUAAAGUCCAUAUUACAACUUUCACCGGUAAAAAGCUACGCCAGGCAUCCAUGAAUGUAAAAAAUUUGGCCAGUUUAAAAUUCUUAUCGAUGUCGUUUUCCUUCUAAUCAAAGUCUAAACCGACUGGGUUUUGGUAAUACGCAGCCUUGUAGCCUAUAAGGGAGAGUAUUUGUUAGGUUCUUUCAGAUAGAUCUGAAAGAACAUAAUAAAAUGAGCAAUAACCAGUAAGCAAUAGGCAUGGGGGUUAAUAGUUAUUUAUACCACACCAUCGAACAUUAUUUUACGGCUGUACAUGAAAAACCGUAAAGAAUGCGUACUGUAGGUUGCAGUUUGUAGCACGUUCCACUCAUGGUUUACAUUAUCUUUCGAAAAUCUUACUCGCAAGUGCUUUUGUGGAAGCUGUCUGCGCUUCAGGUGAGCACGCAUUUGCUCGAAUGGAAAUUUGAAUUCCGAAAUGUUUGCAUCGUACAAACUCUCAGUUUUCCUGCUAUGUCUUUUUGACUUUUUAAUCCAAAAAACCGUAUUUCACACCUUGUUCUGAGCAUAUUCAUUGACCACGCUGAUACUUGUUUUUCCUGCGUUUCGAGGUGCCAGGAUUAACAGUUGCCGUAUCUCACUGUUCCACUUCGUUCCGUGGCGCCUAUGACAGUUUUGCUUUUUGGUGUAUGAGCUUCAUUCUGCAGUUGUUUUGAUUCGGUGUACAGCUGAUUAUGAAGCUUUUGGCAAGACCAAAACCAUUUCAUGUUGUUCAGGGGAAAAAACAUCCAGUGAGAUUUAUGCUUAUGUGAAAGACGUGGUCUUUCAUGUCCAAAUAAGAGCAGGCGGUCUUUUGCUGUAAACAAGCACAGAUGGAAUGACAAAUAGUUAGAACUUAGGGAUACAGUCUCACUUGCUCAGAAAAUGGGCAUUCCUUUCAAAACUGACCUUGUCCACUUAGCGUACCUCUGAGAUCCAAUGAAUAUUUGCGAAUUGCUUACAGUACAUAGAACAAACAGCUUUCGGAACUUUGCUUAUUGGAGUUUGGCUGCCAAAGUUUUUGUCCAGUAUUUGAUCCGUCCCCUUUAAAUCAUCAUACAAUCGCCUAUGUUCAUUGUUUGUACCACAAAGAAUUACGGUAUCAUCUCCUACUAAUGCAUUUUACGAUAAUACGCUUCAUUUUCGAAAUCAGAUUCAAGAUGCACUAAGAGAACGCCGAAAACGCGUAUUCCGUGAUCCGCCGGUGAUUCGUGCACCAGCAAAAGCUCUCCUUCUCAACGGGAUACAUAUAUCACCGAUAUGGCCGGAUGACUCACAAACCAAAAGGCCUGCUCAUAACGCCAUCCUAGACCACAAAAUUGAAAGCGGUAUGACAGCCGCUGGUGUUCGCACUGCGCCUGGCUGUCCAAGGCAAAGACCAAAACAAACAAGGCCAGAAGAUGCGAUCAGACACACCCCUGACGACAGCUUUGAUUCUGGCGAUGCAGGUGAACCAAAUACAACUGCCAAUCUGCCUCCACCCCUUCGUACACCCUGCAUUCUUCCGGCCAAUUGUGUCGAUCAACUGCCCAGAGACAGUUCCUCAAGUAGUUCACAGGCUACAAAUAUCAAAUCCACUCCCGGGUUGCUAAAGCGCAGCGGCAUGAAGUCGAAAGGAGGUAUGAAUGUUACCUUUAAUACUCGCGUCAAAGUUGACGAUGGCUCCCAAGAGGUACUACUGAACUGCAUCCUCGACGAUGACCAACCAGAGUAUUUCCAGGAGGUCAAGGUCAUUCCACGCGGUGGCAAAUCCGUCGAAACCAAACAGCAGGGUUUUCGUAAAUGCGGGGAGGCAGGUGGAGACUGCUCGUCACCCACCGAAAAGACCAAGUCUGCUGACGAAGCAUGCUGGGAAUCCGGUGACGAAAUGCAUACCGCCGGCGUCACCGACGAGGAAAAUAUUACCGCCUCCUCUCCGCAGAAAUCUCACAACAAGAGUUUGUUUUCGCGGCUAGCUGCAGAGCUGCCAUCUCACAGUGAACUUCCACCGGCUCCACCACCAAGGCUAAGCAGUAAAUUAGCUGCCUCUCUUAGUCGCAAGCCGGACGGUGACUCAGUGGAUGGAAAACAUUUGUUAAAAUAUGAGAACAUAGACAGUUUCCUCGUGACUCUAGAUAGUCAGAACAGCCGCAUGAGCAGUGAACAGUCAAGUCAUCCCGACAACGAAAGAACGCCAACCGAAUAGUAAGUCUAGAAUUCAUAUAAUGUAAUUCUUCAGUCUUGUGACAUUAACCUGCAAAUUGUUCCCAACCACUCUCAGAACUACGAUUAGUGACCAAUUUGAUGAAGGCUCACGAGCUGUGUACUAAAAUCUAUGUAGCGAACGAACCGCCCACCCCGCAUCCACAAACGUUAUUUUAAGUUAUAGAAACCACCGAUCUUUAAAAGAAGGCACAAUUUGGUUUGAGAAAUGUGUAGGGCUCACUGGAUCCGGUGAGCCCGAUACACCUCCCAGACUGUCGACCCGGAUCUCUUUCGUUUGCUAACCUGAACGGUUUGGUAUGCACAAAACACUUCAUAAGCUGGGUCAUCUACUGUAAUGCCAUUCUGAAAGUCAGCGAAAUAAUUGCUCAAAAGCGUAACGGUGAAAAUAUUCGUCGCGAAAGACUGAAUUGCUUCAAUAAAAUUAAUAAGGCUGUUUAUGGCAUGGCAAGUUGAGAGACAAUUUCCCAAAGGUAUAGUACUUAAAGAACGCGGACAAGAUAAACUUUUUAAAAAGAAACUGCAAGGGCGCCUUGGCAAUGCAAAUACAGUUGUAGGGUGUCGGGCUGUCACACGAAGUCUUAUAAGGAAAAUAUUUCUGAAUUUCCAAACUUUAGGAUCCGUCGUCCACGAAGAACCAUUCCAGAAUAAGAGGUGGAGUACAUUUUUUUUCACAAAAAACUUUCAGUCUGCUCUGAAGCUCAAGUGCAAUAAUGAUCAGGAGUUCGUUUUACCUUAUUUCGACCAUUCGACCGUUGUUAUUGAAGGUGUCCACGGUUUGAGCCAGAGGAGUGUGAGCUCAUGAACGCCGUCUUGCUCGUGAUAAACUUAUAGGGAUAUUAGACUCGCGCAAUAUCUGCCGCGCUGUCGCUGCCUCACUAACCUGGGCUUGGUGCCAGGACGAAGUCAAUAAGCCGGGAGGCGAGGCCCAUAAUUGACCAGGGUUGCACAGAAGCACCAAGGGGUGGCUCAGAUCCCAAGUGAGUGGGAGUGCCAUAGAUGCCACAUUAAGAAGAGCCAUCGGAAUCUAGCUCUCCGUCCUAGGGGAGGGGAGGGCAGUUAUUCCGUCAGCUGGCAGCCUCCCAAACCACGGUCUUUAGCGCUGCCUGGUAUUUUGAAAGCGCGUCAGAUUGUUUACAGCAGGGAAUAUGCCCUGAGUAUCGUAGUGAGGGCUUGCACUCCUUGGAGUCAGCCUCUAUUUCCUCUCCCGGUCACGAGUCCAAUCAGCGGUCUGGUUCUGAAACUGAGCGAAGUGACUGCUAAAAGCUACUCGUCUCCCCUCACCGCACGCGGACUGGCCCCAUACAACAUGUCAUGUUUGCAAACAGGGGGAAAAUCAGCCAUAGCUCUUGCAUGCGUGAGUGAAAUACAUGCGACGUUGCGAAGCAGCAAUGCAGCCGGACUCACAAUCCACCUGUAAGCGACUCCAUACAAGCAAAAACAUGGCCGACCGCGAAGUCCAAUUUAUAUCGUCGGCUGAAAACCUUCUAACCCGAAAAGUUUAGCCUGUAGGCUUAAUUUGAGGCGCAUUAGAUUUAGUAUAUGGAAGAAUGUUCUGAAAUGUUGUGAAGUUGGGGUUUCUAAAGUCGGUCUAACUCUUCCUCCUCUCUCUUUCGUUCGAGGGCCGAUUGUUCGAACCAGACGUUCAACUGAUGCUAGAAUUGAGCGCAGUGGCUAACGACGCUAAAAACGGUCCCUUAAUGAGGGUAAUACACGGCCUGGUCUCCGGCACAACGGAGCAGGUCUUCGCACAGCGGGGUGGGCUGCUUAAACCUCACAUGCAUUAGAGAACCCCAGAGGCCACCUGGAGAGUGAGCCGAAGAACGCGCUCCUAACUUAAGUGAGAGGUGUGUAGUCUGUGCCUGUGGUAGGUGAUGGGGGACGGGUUCGCGUGUGAUGUAUGGGCUGUUGCAGAACAUUGUGGAGAUGGGGCUUUACCUGUAGUGGUUUACCGCAGAUGUCCAUGGAGACGCGUGUUACCUAGUAGACCACUGAGGUAGCUGAAUGGGCAUGACCAUUUUGGCCAGUUAAGGCGUAUGCGGCAAGUGCUUUUGGGUCUCCUGACACUGGUUCGCCAAUCUCUGCGCUAUGGGUUCGCAAGUGAAUAACCAGGCGGUUUCGUGAACUAUAUGUACGGUGGCCAUGUGAGCGACAUAGGUUAGGAGCUGCUUAGAUGGAAGCAGUGUUGACGCUGCUAAUUGCGGCGACGCUGUUGGAAGGGACGUUGGCCAUGUUGAAGGUGAGAGAGUUAUGGGAUAUGUAAGGUAAACCUGGCGUGUUUACACUGCGUCAGUCCACGUAGGUAUUAUUUUCCAGUCGGGGGCUAGGGGAUGGCUGUGUCAGAGACAGUGGAUGGGCCUUCAAGGAUGGUAAUCAUGUGUUCAACCCAACGCUUCAGACUUUGUGAUUUUUCUUUGAGGAGUGCUGUUCCACCCGAACUGAACAGCGGUGGGAUUCGUUGGGUGUAGAGGUGGUAGACUUCCUUAAUGAAGGUGAAGAAAUUUUUCAUUUCGUUACGGCUUGUAUAUCUUUGUUUUUUCUGGACUUUGCGAUCCACCUAGGUGUCAUACAUCUCUUCCAGUCACACUUGGACCAAGCGACGACAUCUGAAGAAGGUCCCUUCCUUUACGUUGGGACCGCGGUCAUCGUGGACUUUGUGCAAUCGACUCAUCUCUGAGUGGAUUGCGGAUUACUUCGUAGUCAUCGUCGUACCACUUGCGGUUUUUACGGCAUGGGCAUCAAGAACAUUCAGGAUAGUGAAGUGGAGGAAAUUUCGUAGUUGGUGCCAACACCUUUAAAGGGUACCGCUGUCAACCAGUCUGAAGUUCUUCCAUGCGACUGGUCAGUUGAUUAAUAAAAUCCGAGCGAUGUGCAAGCCAAAUCCACAUAAUAGUAUAUAACUUACUCGGUGGUAGCUUACUUUGUGGUCUCUUAAGAGGUUGGAGUGAAAUUCCCAUCUUGGGGAUUAGGACACGAUGAUCUUUCCUGACGUCAACAUCGUAGAUCGCCAUUUUCAUGAGCACGUUGUGUCGGUCUCGUCGACGGAUGAGAGCGUAAUCCAACAGUUUGACAGCACCGCGAACAGGGAUGCAUCCACUUUGCAAUAUUCUGCGUCGGAGGGGGGGGGGGCAGAACACAUUAGUGAGGAGAAUAGGGGUGUUUUAAGCAGUUUUGGAGAAUCAUGAGGCCGUUGUCGUUGCAGCCACCGAUUCCGUGGGGACUAAGCGCACACCUCCAGGCAGCGUAGUCUGUUUCAAGAGGGACAUUGAAGUCACUAAGAACAAGCAUCUUGUCUGUCACCAAUAUGGUCGCCAGGUAGACGUGCAUGUCUACGUAGAACGUGUUCCUCGCCUCGUCAAAGUUAGCCAUGGGGGAGCGUAGGCGCUGAUGGCGCUGCUGACGAAUUUAGCCCCCUGAAGAGGCACGUAUAAGAUCAUGAAACGGUCGUUGGUGAACUGAGACAGACAGGCAAUCCUCAUACGAUGUCGUGUCAAGUGACAAUAGCAAUGCGGGCGCCAUGUCACUGUGUCUUUGGGCGGCCGCUCCAGAAGAAGGCGUAGCUGACAUCCACGUCCUCCGGCUGGUCUUAUUCAGAGAAACCGUUUCGUUGAGGGCAGCUACCUCCACCUUGUGGCAUGCCAACUCUCGAUUGACCACUGUCGUCCUUCCCUCCGGUCGGUCGCUCCGCCGAUUGUUCAAGAGGGAAUGAACACUCUAGGUGGCCUGUGAGUAGCGGUAUUCUAGCAGUUAAUACGGUAGGGCAGAGGGGAUGAGGGUAGGAGUUACUGUUUUUGUGUUGUUUUGACCGUGAGCUGUAUAUCUGAGGGCUAUGGUAUACUUGCAGGUGGCCUGCACCUUCGACUGUGAUCAGAGUCCCUCUGGCAGCCCGUGAGAAGGAGCGGAGAGGACGGGGACGAUGGUCGCAGUUUGUUCGACCGGUUCGACCGUAAUAUUUUCGUCUGGGUGCCACGGUCAGUGUGUAGGUGGAGUGAUCCAAUAUUUGUUUAGAGCACACUUUAUGGCUCUAUACCCACAGGGGAGUAAACAGUGAUGCCUAUGAAUGGGUCUGCUGACACAUCCCAGGCGGCUGCCAAACUCCUCUAUUGGUCACGACUUUGUUUAGUGGAAGAGCGGCCCCAUUUAGCCUGGGUCGCCCUCGGAACUGCACGUCGAUCUCUCCGUAGAACUUUCAAAAUGUGAUGGAGGGGAAGGGGAGCAGAAUUACCCGGUGUGAAGACACAAACAACAGCGGAUACCUUCAUCUGGCUUGGCCCCCAGGUCGAGGCGGUUAUCGGGUGUGGUCACUAGGCAGAACCUAGCUUCGAGGGGCCAUAGAUGAGAAUCGGGUGCCAGCUGGUGGCUCUGUGGAGUAGCCACCACCUGCACUAGGCAGAUGAUUAAAUUUAUCAUAUCCUGCACGUUGGACCCUAUAACUUGACACUCCCUUCGUCCCGGUUUACUCAGUACAGUAAUUACCAGAGUAGCUGUAUAUUACUAUCAUGAUGCAAUCAUUCCUUUUUACCUCCUUUAUUACUUGGCAUUGUCAUAAAGUGGUAACUUUACACUGCUAUUGCAGAAACAAAGUGGGAUUUACUAUUAUGAAAUAAGACUACAUACAAGGAGAUUUUUAAAGCGGAGACAUUUAGUUGCUCAACGUUGUUUGACCAAAGUCCUCCAUUUUAGGCAAGGUGGACUCGUUUACCAUCCAUUGAGGUAUAGUAAAUAUCUAUCACGGUUGUGUCGGUGCAGAAAAUGGAUUCGUCAAAUCUCUUCAUUCGACAAAUUUGAACUGACGACAAUUCAACACCAUAAGACUAAGGAAGUAAAUCCUACGCUUAUGACUGUUUAGAUAAUAGAGUCUUCCGAAACCAGUCUUAAGUAAAGUGAAUCCAAGAUUUCGAAUGCGGUGCCACAGUGCUGGACGUGCAUUCUCGCUACCAAUGUGCAAAGGUCUACUAUCUUAAGAUAUUCCGCGCAUACAAGUGACUUCGACAACAAAUUUCGCUAAUAAUAUCCAUUGAAGUCGGACGGACCAGCAGUUAGAUGUUUGAUAGCGAAAGGCUGAUGGUGUUAUAAGUUAGUUAUUGUUACGUUGUGCUUGUCCUUAGCGUAAAAAUUGAAUUGUCUAGGCCAAGGGUGGAGGGAUUUGCAUCCUGGAUAUAAGGAAAACUUUCGAUAAUUCAAAAUAGAAAUUCGUGAUUAAAUAUCCAACUUAGUUACAAGCAACUGGACUGUUAAUUCGACCUCUGUUUAUGUUCCUCCAGAAUAUUUUGUCAGAAAGUAUCAGACGAAAAUUUCGAAGGACAUGGGCUUAGAUGUCUUCGUGUUAUAGGUGGCCUUGCGCUACAAUCUAAGGAAGUUAAGGUCGUGGUUAGGGCUACAGCUAGAGUUUAGAACAGGGUUUAGACGCAGAGAUAGCGGCCGCCCUGGAACUUAGCUGAAGGUGACCCGUAGCAGGGAGUAUCUUAUUCCAGUUUUCUACCAAAAACGUAUACAAUUGAUCUUGAAUAUAUCGCUGGUUCUUAAAACAGUAAGACAGUUUGAUAAUGCUAAGUAGAGAAUGUUUAAACAAAAAUGGCAGGUUAAUUUUCACUGGUAAAGAUUAACUAGGAUGGAUUAAUUUAAAAACCAUUAUAAUGUGACAACCCGUUGUUUUCAAUGAACGCUGUAUUAGAUCUCAGGAUCAAGUACAAAAUGCUCUCAAAUCUGACUCAGAGUUUCAUAUUAAUGGGGUAACCAACAUAUCCAGUGUGGACAUGCGAAAUGAGCUGGUAAGAGCAAAUCCUAAAUUCGAUGGUAAAUGGAUAAUGUUGUUUUCGCAGUUGUUUAGCGGGUUUACAGUGAUGUUACUGAAGCACUAUCACGAUAAUGGUUCGGAACGCUAUAGGAACUAAAACUCAGAAUUCGGAAAAAAGGAACCGAGGUGUUGUCCGGAGGUGCCUUGAAUUUAUAGGAUAACGUUUGCGAUUUUGACGCCUGUCUACAGUUAACACCCUCAGAAGACCGAAGGUAAAAUAUAUACUCCUGUACUUUUUUUCAGUAAAACUUCUUAACAACUGGUGUUUUUUACGAUAUGAGAUCUUUACCAUAGGGUUUUCUUUAUCUUUCACAAUAUACUCCAUUUAGUCCGUCCAGACCCUUUCAAGGGUUCGCAGUGUUUAACCGUAAAAGAAAUUUAUGUCAGUUCUGUUUUGUAUUAAGGCUCUACUUUUGGUCGUAUAACAAGGUAUUUUAAAAAGCAGAACCCCUACAUUGAAAGUAGGGGAAAAAUACACAAGUUUACAGGCUGCAGUAAUAUACUUUGCCACAAAAAACUUUAAAAAUGUGUCAUUGAAAGAUAUAAACCUAAAGUUUUUUUGCGGUCAAAUAGCAAUCACAAUCUCGAUUUCAACCGGCCAAGCACGGGGAAAAUAUGA